CGUUCGUUGCGUUCGCGCGUUCCGCACGUUUUCGUCGUCGUCAUUGUUCUUUCUUUCUUUAUUCCGCCUCUGUCGGCGUUAUCGUUACUGUCGCCGCGGCGAGACGCAAUAUCCCGACGCCCGGUCGGGGCGGACGAAACGAAAAAUCGCGUGCCCCUCUCGCCCUCGCCAACCGCCUCUCCCCCCCCCCCCCCGACAACCCCCCUCGGCGAACGCCGCGUUUCAUUUCCGUCGUCCGUCGCCCGAGUGUAGUGCCGCGACGCGCGUCCCGAGGAAAUGCCCUCGUCCCGUCGACGGCGACGACUGCGACCGUAGCAUAGGAUUUCGACACGACAUCUCGGACACCGCAGGUACAAUGGUUUCGUUUUUAUUUUUUCUCGCCGAUCGCCGUCCCUUGCCACGGGCACCUAGCGGCGGACGCCGCUUUUAUUAUUAUUAUUUUCUAUUAAUGAGAUUUUAACAAGGGCGUUAUAAUUUCGAUUGUCGAGUACACGUUAUUGAGAAACAAACGUAAACGCGGACAAAACUCACACUCCUAAACUCGGAGGCCCGAUUUGAGAACAGAGUUGAGCGCAACGCGGAAAAUGACAUUAACGUUUUGACCCGAGAGGGCUUUGAUGGGGAAGGGAUCGAAACCAAGAGCGGAAAAGAAUGCGUUUAGCCGGGUUCUUUGGAUAGAGUGGGACGGACAAUUUACGAGCAGACGUUGAAAGUCACAGUAAUCCCCGACGCCACUUAAUAUUUACCAAUCAAUAACGUGUCAUUCGAAGAAACCGUAGACGUUUUAAGAUUUCUCGCAGGCCGGGUUUGUAUAUGACCGUUUUGUAAGGAAUACGAUAACACGAAUCAAACGCCAAACGGAUAACGUCGAUGUUAUCCGAGACAUUUAACGGGUAGAAAAAAAAAAAAAAAAAUUAAAAACGAUUUAAUAUCGGAUACCGAUAGAAAAGAAAAUAAGUGACCGUUUUUGAUUUUUUUUUUUUGAAAAACUUAAUUAUAUAAGAUUUUAGCUUUUUAUUUAGAACCGUAAUGAAUUUCAGAAUGUUUUAUGGGGAUCGGUGACGGUUUUAUGUUAACGGAUUUAGAUUUUUUUUUUUGAAGUUCUUAUAUAGAAGUUAAAAAUCUCUCGUUCGGUUUUCAUUUCUAGACGAUUCUAAUUUUUCGUACGGAAAUCGUAGAAAGAUAUUCAAACAUUCGCAUAAAACGUGUUGGACUUUUACUCGUGAUAAAAAUAAUAAUUCCGACACAUUAUCAUAGUCGAAAACCUAACCAAUCGUAAUAACGUUUUGGACAUCGGGUACCGAUUCAGCAGAUUGGUGGAAAUCGUAUCAAUUACGGCGAUCAUCAAAACGCGAGCAAUUUAUUUUCAAAUUUUACAAAACCGAAGCAAAUGUUACGUAAAACCGUUGCAUCUUCAGCCGGUAUACUUGACGCGACGGCAACGCGAAUGUGUAACGAUAGCGUGUCGACGAAAACCGACGAUUCGACCGGCCGCUGUCGUAAUCCAAACGCGGGGCGAAACGAUUUCGGCCCGGCUCUGGACAUUUCCCGGUAGGUCUCGGUUGCCGAACGUCACCGGGAUCGUACGGCGGCGCGAGACGUCGUCGGCGCGCCGUCUUCGUGGUUCUCAAUCCGGCCGUUCGACGCACGCGCCGCCGGUGUCUCUGUAGUUGUUACCCGGCCGGGAUCGUCCGGACCGGCAUGGCCGCUGGACACGAUCGCGUAGGGGCGCGUUCGGUUCCGGGAGAAAUACCGCGCAACCGAUCCGGAUCCGCGGUGCGCAUUUGCGCGUGCCGCCGUUGAAAACCGUCGUUUUGGCGGGACGGCUUUCCUCCCGCCCGCCCGCCCCUCAGAGCGAACAAACCCGUUCGGACGUCUACGGCGCCGGUAUCACUAUCCGGCGUUUCCCGUCUGUGACGCCGACGAUGUCCGUUCGGUCGGCCGUCGAACAAUCGAACGUCGCGCGACGCGCGCUAUCAAUCGGGAUAUUCGUCGUCCGCGUCAUCCGUUUCCGUUCGCAAUUCGUUCGUCCCGACGCCGAGACUGCGCAGCCGGCCGCGGCCGGUGGGGCGCGGUCGAUUUCUUCUCGGCAAAACGAUUCUCGGUUUCAUUUUUUUUUUCCCCCUCAUCGUCAUCAUCAUCAUCAUUAUUAUUAUUAUUAUUAUUAUUCGCCCGAAACGAAUGUCUGCCCGCGUGCCUGUCGCGCGGGAAUUUCUAUUUCGGAUAUCCCGAUUCAGGCGUCGUGUCGGCGGGUGUCCCGUCGCGCGACGGCGUCUGCCGCCGGUUUCGAAAACGUGUACGACUACCGGAUUAGAACGUAGCGAGACGACCAUUUUUUUUAUUAUUUUUUUUUUUUUCCGACACACGUCUGGGCGCGAUUUACGUUUGUCCGCGUGUACCUGCACGGCUGUGCACGGCUGUGCGGGCGACCUGUCAUAACAUUGUGCAUUACAAGGGACGAGAAAUACAAAUGAAAACCUGUCUGCGCGAACGCACAGAUAGAAAUCAAAUUGCAAGAUACCAUCGAUACUAUAUUAACGGUGAUCGCGAGUGACGAAGCCGCAUAUGCGUUUAAUCGUCACGAAUUGUAUAAUAAUCAAUCUCCAGUUUCCCACCCACCCCACCGUUUUUCCGAGCCUUUUUUUUCCGUAUGAAUACAUAACAGUCGCAACCUACACCUAUAGGUUAUUGCAGAGUAUCCGCUGUUGUUAUUAGCAGGUACUCAACAGUCUUCGGGUUUUAAGUCAGAUUCCGCACACAGCGUCACGAGGGUUUGCCUGAAAACCCGUUUUCGAAAAACGUCUAAUACUAAUCAAUUUUCGUUUUGCACCGAAAAAAAAGUGACUUUUGGUUACUCCGUCGAUAUAACACUAUUAUUUGCCGCACACGCCUCCUCGGGGUUCUGUUAUCUCAGUCUGGUCAUUCGAAACCGUAAAUUAUUGUACAUACAAGUGUACAUAUUAUUAUUGUAUACCGCACACGCGCAGUCAAAACCGACAUCCUCGGUGUAAUUGUUCGUAAUCCGGUUAAAAUGAAAAAUAGGUUAGGCAUACGUAAUGUAUAGGACACGUCAUAUUAUUGUCGUAUUAUAGAAAUGAUAAUACGGACAACACGGAAACUGGGUUAACAAAAGUAUAACCCAAUAUCGUAGUAUUUAGUAAAAAAAAAAAAAAAAAAAAAAAUAAUAAUGUAUAUGUUUACAAUUAUACUAUUUGCAAAUAGCGACAGUCAAACGGAAUACAGAAAUUAUUGUGUGAUCGAUAAUAUAACCCAUGCGAUUGAGGCGAAAUCGAUUGCUGUUUUUAUGUCCAAUUAUUUCAUUGCGAGAAACUUUGAAAUAUUAACAAUAAUAGUAAUGUUAGGUAUUAGAUAUUAUUGUAGUAGGACAGGUGUGAAAAGUGAGCCACGAUCAUGACGCGCCAACCGAUUAUUUUUCGUUAUUAGUUCUAGUAUCACAAAUUAUUGUAGAAUGUAGUAGUCAUGGAUAAAAAAAAAAAACGAUAAUGCAUUCUCAAAACGCGAUGACUAACUGUUGAAUAGCACCGUAGUAUCACCGGUCCGCCGGCUAUUCCCAACAUUUCCAAACAUAAAACCCCCGUGAAAACAUAAAAAAAAAAAAAACAAAAACAAAAGUCCAGUACAGUAAGCGCGUGACGGUCGGCGUUCAUAUUUCUUACUAAAGCGCGCGAACGAACUAUAAUCACAUUAUGACAGUUUAAUAUGCGAUGCAUAAUAUGGUGGCGCAUGGAUAUAGAUAAUAACACGGUAUCAGGUUGACCACUCUUAGAAUUCAGGGUCUAGAGAAUAUAUACAUGUCGUAUUAUGGUAAAACAAUUAUAAAGGCACUGUAUGUUAUUUUCUUUAAUAAUAUUACCUCUUACGUACUCAUUCCAUAUCCUGUUUUCUUCCGUUACUCCACUUAUUAUUCAUCCUAAGUAUUGCACUACACUCAUUCGCUGUUCUACACUAUCAAAACUAACGGCUCAAAAUCGGCUUUUACAAACGCAAAUUUGCCAUUGUUAUCAAUUAUGUCGUGCGUUUAUAAGACCGCAAGAGACUAAACUAAACAAAAGAGUGUGCCAUUUGCAUUUGUCAUACACUAUGGGAUAAAACUGGUUUAACGGCGGCGUGCGAUCGGUUUAAAAAGGUAUUUCGUGUUUAUAAUAUUACCUAUCUAUGUUAUAGGUAUAAACCGCACUUGACGAACGCGUUAUUUUAUUACAAUAUAGUAUCGUAUAGAAAAAAAAAAAAAAAAAAAACAUUGUCGAUAAGAAUAAAAAAACAAAAAGACUCGCGAACAAAAGGAACCGGAUAAAUUAUACGCGAGCGCGACAAUAGUGUAGCGAAUAUAAAAAGUAAAAAAAAAAAAGAAACACUGUGCCCGAGAAUAAUAUUAGCAUAAUAGUGUAUAAUAUUGUUGAUGCGAAAAAAUUAUUAUUAUUAUUAUUAUUAUUACAAGGAUUAUGGGUGCACCACCGGUGUUGCAGAGGUUUGUCGCCGCUCAUUCCCCGGUGCAAAAAACAAAAAAAAACAAAAAACAAAAUAAACAAAAUAAAAUAACACAGACCGAAAAAUGCAUAACAAAAUGACUAAACGACCAAAAAUGUCCUUAUCAAACGAAUCAUUAUUAUUAUUGUUAUUGUUAUUAUUAUUAUUAUUAUUAUCAUUAAUUAUCCCCGAGGUGAUUUUUAACUUUUUUUUUUAUUUUCUUACGUUUUGAGUUGCCGCUUAUAAGUUAUUGUUGUUUAGAAAUAGGUGGGAAUAUAUACGAGACCGAUUAUACUGCGAACGUGACGUUUUUGACGUCUGCAAAGGGAAAACAUGAUUUUUUUGUUUCCGGGGGAAAAACACCAUGGCAGUAAAUCGGUAUUAAUUGUUAAUAACACACGAUCUGCAUCAGCUGAUAAACUGGAAUAUAAGUGAGUGAAAAAAUUAAAAAUCCGCCACGAAUAAAAUACUUUUGUUUUCUACGAUUAAUAUGGAUAUAUUGAACUGUAAAUAAUUCUAAGGUUCAGAACUUAUAGCAUUUAAAAUCACCAAAUAUUGAAAAAAUCCAGAUACCGUAAUUUAGUAGUUGUGCUUUUAUAAAGUUUUAAUAAAAUGAUUUAGAAAUAUAUACCUGGUUUCAUUUUUCCAAAUGGUUUUGCCUCUCGUUCCACAAAUAAACAAUGGCCUGGACCUGGCACUGGAUCUAAUCAAAUUGAAAAUAUUUAAUGUUAAACCCUUUAGAUUCAUCAUAUUGAUUUGUUCGAUCACAGUCCGUAAAAGUUUUUUCUAUUAUCUAGUAUAUAGUUUUGAUGUUUUUUCUAGCUUUGCGGUCUAAUAAUCAAUUUAGCUCACUAUCGAUAAUACAUACGCAAAAGUGGAGUAAAUAAACGAUUACUACUUGUAGAUUAAAUAAAAUGUAUUAUAACAUUACGAAAAAAAAAAAACAAUUUUUUUUGUUAAAAGAAUAACUCUGCAAAUGACAGGUUAACUCAGAUUCAUCGAUCUGCUGCAGGUGUUCAGCGGGUACUCAUCUAUAACUGUUUGUUCGGCCAAGCACGAAGAAUUGUAGCAGUGUAAUACUAUCGUAAUUUCGUUCAAACGAAAAAAACUAUUCUGUAGACACGAAACGGAAAAUUAUAAAAAAAAAAAAAUUUACAAAUUUUAAUAAUAAUCGUUAACCGAGUGUCAAUAGACAUCAACAAUAGUAAAUUAUUGAAACGUCUUUCGGAAUAAUAUAUUUAAGUUCAAAUUACGAGUGUGGUCUAGAAAGGGGGGGCAUGGACAGCCAGCGAAGCACAAAACUCCACGGAUCUGUGUUUUUACCACAGUAUAGUAUGUUGUUUUUCUAAUGAUUUAGUUAUCAGGCAAUUUAUUGAUUUUAAUAAAUAUUCGUUGAUGACCUUUUGUGGAAACUUCUAGAAAUUUGAUGUUAUUUAUUAGAUUCUAUAUAUAUAUAUAUUAUUAUAAUAUUUAUUAAAGUGAAGCGAGGGGUCUAUAUUGAUUUUACUGUAAUGUGUGUUUUUAAAUUUUUUUCCAUUUACAAACAACUACACUCCUAUUAAUCUUGUUCCAAUCAAAAUAUGAUUAUGAUACCUUUUUUGUUAAAUUUUGCCUCUGGUUGGUACAUUAGAAAAGUCAUUUUUUGGAAUUCUUAUUAAUAUCCGAGAUAAUGAGGAAAAACCGAUUCUUUAAGUUGAAAAAGAUUAAAAGAUUGAAAAUAAGGUUAUCAGUGGCAACCGUUUCAAUAUUUUACUUUAAUCUUUUAAUCUUUGGAACGAUCGUUGUUCUUGUGAAAACGCGCAUUAUUGAAAAAUCAAUACUAUUGACUGAGCUCUGCUCAGAAUCGUUUUUCGUUGGCAAUGAUUAAUCGUUGCGUACAGAUAUAAAUCAAAUUCCCCUCUGUAUCCCACUUUUUCGGCUUCCCACCUACAACAGUGGCCGCAUUCGUCCCCUGUAUCGGUUCUUUUUUUUUUGAUUUUGUUAAAACAUAUUAAAUACAUUUUAACCAUUUUUUUCAUCAUUUUUUUUUUGAAAGCAUCAUUGAAAAAUUCAGCCCUAGGGUAUCUAAAUGUCCAAACCGGUUUUGAAAUUAGUUUUGCGUUCUGAUCCGUAGAGUACUAUUUAUACUCCGUCUGGUUUUUUAACAUUUUUUUUUUCCGAACUACCAACUUACUGCGCAAUUCAUAUAAGGUCCUCCCCGGUGUAUAUUAGGUAAUUCGCGGUCAAUCCAAAAUCAAUUUACAAAUGAAAUGGAAUUCGUACGCACUUAAUAUCGGUAUUAUAAAUAUAGAAAAUGUAUAAUAUUACGAUUGGUUGAAAACGAUUAUCGAAGGUUAUCGUGCAUAGAAAGCAGAAUCGGAAGUGGAAGAUCAAGGCUGCCCGGAAAUCCUUAAAAGACACAGUGACAUUAUGUCACACCAGCGUAAUUUCGUCGUCACUGUCUUUCUAACGAUAGCAAUUACAUUUAAUUAAUUAAUGACGUGUUCACGUAAACCAAGCGAAAAUUAUUUUGAAGUCGGCUUUGGUGAUAAACCACGUACCUGUAGUACUUAUUAUUUGUACACGUCGACGUUUUCAAUACAACCUAAUCGGCGUAUCACAGUUUUAUACACAUUUAAUUCGCUAUGGAAGGUAUAGCAGAUCGUACUUAACAUUAUUCAUUUUUCAAUAACUAAUUUAUUUGACGUUAAAAAAAAAAAAUAAAUAAAUAAAUAUACGUCGAGAAUCGAGAUUCCAAAAUACACCCAUCCGGCAACCGUCUACAAGUUUUACAUUGGCGUUUUAUCUCCAAAAUCAAUUUUAAAGGUAUUUUCGUUUGUUUUACUGGCGAACACUACAGAGACGACAAAAUGCCGCCGUUAAUGGCACCGAUACGAUAUAAUAGUCAUCGAACUAGUCGGAGGUUGAAUACCGCCGGUGAAGAAAUACUGAAAGGCCACGUGCGCGCGACGACGAAGAUUUGAAGCGCCUCUUAUUGUUUUUUGUCGGCCGGUUGGUAAUUGCAUUGCGAACGCGGUUUUACGAUCGCGUUUUUUCGGUACUAUACGGAGCGCAAUAUUUUUUUGUUUUAUGGAAAUUACCAUUAUCGCGUACCCGCCCGGGGGUUAUUUCAAGUGUCUGCGUCGAUUUUUACGAGAUCGAGGGGGCCGAGUUAAUUUUACGGUUAGGCGGUAACCCCGGUACGGUAUAACAAUAACUCAAUUUCGUUUCAUUUAAAGGCGAUAAACAGAACUCGUAUACAAUCGGGGACAUUGGAUACUCGGCUCGGUCGUUUCCGAGCGAUCGCGUAACCCGCAACGGCGCGAUACCGCGUCCGCGGUUACUGCCGGCCGAACAAUAAUUGGAAAAAAAAAACGCGCGUAAAAAAAAAAACAAAAAAUGACUCAACCGGCGCGACACCGACACGUAUUGCCGGAAUGCCCCGCGCGCGUUUGACCCAAUAACAGCCGCGUGUGUUCCGUUUCGUUACGCAUUCGCCUUGGUCCCGGACACGCGCGGCCGACGUUUUUUUUUCCCCCGACAUCUCCGCGGUCGACGGUGGAAACAUUAACGUUUUUUACGCGACGCGGCCAUCAAUUGGGAUAACGUCCGUCCGUUCGACGGACAUGUCGAAUAUAACAAUAAUAAUAAUAAUUGCGCGUUGCCGAUAAAUCAACGAUACACAUAGCGGUGUCGUCAAACGCACGCGUAGAAACCCGGACUCGCCACACCGCGGUCAGUACGGAAAUUGUACCCCUCUCCCCCCUCCACCCCUCCCGGUCCCGUUAUCGCGGAAAGCGUUACGCCAAUUUGACUUACGCAUUGACUUUUAUCGAAAUUUUCGUUUUCUCCGUCAUUUUCAAAACAGUACAACGCACGCGCAUGCGUUGUUUUCGUUAUUCGUCUCGCUGUGGUGCGCCUCGGGAGCAGUGAAUACCUAUCCAAAGCGGACGGGCGGAAUGUUAAUCGGUCCGAAUUUUUUUUUUUUUUUCUUUUUUUUAUAAUCCGGACAUCCGAACGGUUUGUUUAAGCUGUCCAAUCGACACAUUGUAUCUAUUCGAUUCGUGAGCGAAACGGGCCGAUAAGUAUUGACAAAACGAAAAGAUUCCGUCGAGCCGCGAUGUUUACGCGGGAAAAUACGGACCGAUGGUCAUGUCCGUGGAUAAAAUGUCCGCCGUAACGCGCCGGCCGUGUCCCAAAUGCAACAAAAACGGUCUGGUGGCGUUUUCCGGUCGGGCCUAGAAUUCUCGGUGGAAAGUUGUUCGCGGGCGGGGAGGAAAAAAAUAAAAAAGGGCGCGCGCCGUAAAACCAAUGAUGCCAUUCGUCGGCGCGCCCCGAAUCCAAAUCGGCGUCCGCUCGUUUGUCACACGCGGCGCAGGCCUCGAGAACGAAAAUACGGCGCGAAAAUCGCCACGUUACACCGUGCAAAUAUUAAUCGGUACACCGUACCGAUUAUCGACACGUUUUGUGCUACGCACGCGGACAACGGAUUCCGAACCGCAGUUCGGUUGUGUCGCGUAUAAUGGCAAAUAAAUCGAUCGUACUGUUACGGCGAUAGAAUAUUCCGCAUUCGCGUUACAAUCCGUGUUUCGUUCCGCAAGCCGACGUUGUUAUCACGACCGCGUUGUUAUCAGAGGGAUCAGCGACCGACCGCGCGGUCUCCCGGCGAAUCGCCCGCUCCGGAAUCGCGCGCGCGCAACACCGCGAUAAGAGAACGUUGUACCCGCACGUGUUUACCCGCGGACAACCGUGCGAACGCGCGGACGUACGCCGGAACGCGAUUGUUCGCGAAAAUCGUCGGGAACGUCGAAAAUUACGCGUCGUCCGGGGACCGCCGAUCGAUUCUUCUUCCCCUCCGCCUCGGGUUUUCCGCUUUUCCACUGUUUGUCACAAUUUCGACGGCGGCUCACGUUUCGUCGCUAACCCGACCUAACCGCUAAACGAAUUUCAACGAAAACUUGUUGAAAAAAAUUAACCGAUACGUGUCCGUUAAUUCAAUUUGAAGAUCGCGCGUAAAAAAAAAAAAAAAAACGACUACGUAUUGAACGGCGCAGUUAACGGGGUUGACAGAUGGGUAUAUUAUGUGCGAUUUCAAUGCGUUCACAUUUCGCAAUUUCAAUGCCCGACGAAUUGGAUUUUAUUCAACGUCAAUUAAACGACUUCAACCGAACGCAUAGACGAGCGUCGACGGUGUUCGACAGAGACCGAGCAACUUUCGCCGUGUUCGUUUUAAUUCUGUCACGAACGAAAGAAAAAAUAAAAAUAAAAAGUAAAACACGGGUGAUAAAAAUCAAACUGGACUCGCCGUGUACCCAUGUGAUAACCGCCACGAAUAAUACCGACAGUAAUUUCGAUUGUAAUAUGUUCGAGUUUCGUGUAUCACGCUCGUAUUCAACACAAUAUUAUACGGCAUAUAUCACGAACGUUUUUUUUUUUUUUCUCUUUCUAUUUCGCCUUGGUUCCGCACGGUAUAAACAAAUUAAUGCCCGCCUUUGAAUGUACCCCACCUUUCUGACUGCGACAAUGGCGCACAUCCGACAGCGGUACCGGCCCGAGUGUUGUCCGGUCUGUUCCCGUUCCCGUUCCCGUUUCCCUGAUCCUUAACCUAGCGUAAAAGCAACAUUUGUUUCUCCGUCCGUUCAAAGUUUAUUCGGGUUCCGGAUUGAUUUCGGGCGUACUGUCCGCGGAUGUUGUCGGCCUUUCGGGAGUCUGACGGCCAAUUUCGGCGGCGUUGAUUGCGUAUAACCGUUGUUUCCGCAAACCUAUCAACCCCCCCCCUCCCCCGGUCACACGCACUGCAAAACGCGAGUAAACGCCUGUGAUUUUUUUUUUUUUUUUUUUUAAGUAUUCCACGCCGCCGUCGGAUAUCACACGUAUAUUAAUAGUAAUUUCUCGCAUAUUGUCGUGUGUAAUACGGUCUCGUAACGAUAAAUCACAACAACACAUAUCAAAACGUUUCGUCACGAUAGCAUAAUAUUGUUUAUCGUGACGCCUCGCACGCGUGUGCAAUACGUAAAAUAUAAUUAUCGACGGGUAGACGGUUUUUUUUUUUUUUUUUUUUUUUUUUUGUUUUCUUCCGAGUGAGCGAUAUUCGAUGACUGGCGGUACGGGUUUUUCGAUUCUCGGCCGACGUUGUUUCGACUCAUCGCUACGCGCGUCUGCGGAGUACGAAAAUAAAAACGCUGAAAAAUUGUUAAUUUUUUAUAAUGAUAUACGCGCGCCCGGAGAACUUGCCGCCGAUUUUCGCGGAUUCGAACGUUAGUAAAAACGAAAAUCGUCCGUCGUGUGACUCACGCGCGGAAGAGUAAAAUGGUAAUAAUGAUAUUAUUCGUAUGAUAUAUUGGUAAUAUUAUAUAUGCGCAUAUGACUCAUGCUAUAGUAUACGAGUCGCGACCGUGUUUAGCAUACCGGUCGAAUAAAAAAAAAAAAAAAAAAAAAAAACCGAUGAUUCGUCAUCGACAUCGCGAAACAUUAGCUAUUAUAUCGGAUUUCUAAAUGUAGAAAACUGUUAUUUUUUCGAUUCCAUGUAAUCAUUCUCUAAAUGAUAAUAGGCCUCUGGGCAGAUAAAGACUUCGUUGGGAAGAAAGCAAUAUAAAGAAUGUUUUAAUAUUGACGCAAGAGUAGGACAAGGAAACAGGGAUUGGAAGGCUGUAGCAGAAAAUGGACUCGUCUGGAAAAUCUGGUCCUAUAAUGGCCAGGAAAAAAAAAACAGACGGACAUUUUUCGCACGAUGGGUGGGCCACUGUUGUAAGUGAAAAGUUGGGAAAGUAGGGGGGAAAUUUAUUGUAUGUCUGUACGCAACGAUUAAUCAUUGCUAACGAAAAACCGUACUGGGUGGAAUUCGGUUUUACAAGUUUUGAAAGGCCGUAAUUAUUACGAUUUGAAAAUAUUAAAUUUCGUAAACUUUCCGGUUGUUCCUGUUCAUAAUCGAAAUACCUGAGAAAAUCGAAAUACAACCAUGUUCGAUAAGCGGGUUUGCUUAUAGAGUCCCAGUCAUAUUUACUUUCAGAAAGAGUGCUGCACUUGGAAAUCGAAGCAAAAUGUCUGGUAGAAAAGUUGUUCACAGAAAAAAAAAUUAUAAACAUUAUUGUCAAACCAACACACAUAUUCCUCGCUCCGCAUCUAAAACAUCUUUUACAGUUUUCACUUCGAGCACCUAAUUGAAACACCUCUAAUUUUCCGUUUGGUUUCGCGGGAAAAAAAAAAAAAAAUUGGAUACCAAAUUCAAACGUUAUUAUAACACACCGGUUUUGGACGUAAAUAACGUGAAAUAACGCGACGAACCCAGAGAUCUGACAUGUUAAACGUAGGUAUAUUAAUAAAAUGAUGUUCGGCGACAUGGAUCUCAAGCCGGAUUUUUAAACGUCACACGGCGUACAAGAGUUCUCGUACAUGAAGAAUUUUGGGAUUUUCGCGGCUUUUACCGCUGCUCUAUUUACGGUACCGCCUAAUCGAAUUAACGAAUUCCAAUCGAGAAAAAAAUGACUCGAGUUUUUUUUAAUUUUUUUUAUCGCAUCAUCUCGUAGCGAACGCAGCACGUGUUUCCCCUGGCUUCGUGAGUACAGUUUUUUUUUUCACACGUGAGAAAAUACGGAAUAUACGGAAAUAUUAUGGAUAUGUUAAUAAUUUUUUUUUUUUUCUUCUCGCUUAUUACAUUUUUUUCAACGAGUUCGCGCGCCCCGAGGAGGAAAACAUUUACAUACGUAAAACAUAAAAAAAAAAAAAAAAAAAUACUACGAUAAGAACAAUAUCGUAAUGAUAUAUAGCCGAAACGUCCCGAGAAAACGUACCGCGAGUAGAAUUAUUAUAAAUUAAUGCCGUAGUCGCCCGUUACAUCGGUACACGCGAUUUCCAAUAUUACCGACUCGGCGAAAACACCCGCGAUCGGUCAUCUGGCCGGAGACGAUUCCUUUACGAUAUUAUCAUAAUGUUAUUUCGUUUCAAAGCGGCGCCAGUCGGCCGGUACUUCGGAUACUUUCGUUAAAAAAAAAAAAAAAAAAAAUAUGUAUAUAUAUAUCCACCGUAGUAGGUAUUCUUUAUUCGCCUACUUACUAAAAGUAUAUUAUUAUUAAACGAUUUCGAGACGGGACGUUUCGAGUCCCGACUCCGUGCGAUGUAUACACUCGCAUUAUAAUAUUUUAAUGUAUCUAUACUAUGUGCACUUGCCAGUGACUUUCUACGAACGCGUGGCCAGAAAUAGUAUGAACAAAAAAAAAAAAAAAAACUACUAUAGUGCGGCGCGUUUCGAGUUGUAAAUAGUAUAAAAAACUACUGUCUGUCAAAUUCAGCCUGCGCUAUAGGACGUAUCGUUAAUAUAAAUAUGACGUGGUGCAGAUGAAAUAUUAUCGGACAAAUAGGAAUAGAAAAAACUAACACCGCAGUCGCGUUUUUUUUAUUUGGUGAACAUUUUUUUUUUUUAGAACUAGUCGUAAAUACAAACAAAAAUAAUACACCGGACUACAAUUUUUCUUGUGCAUUCUAUUUGUCUCUAUUUUAUUGUCCGUUGAUAGUAACUCGUUUUUUCAUACAUUUAGACCACAACGCAGGAGUACAGAAGUAAAAAAAAAUAAAUACACUUUCAGUUUUCCGAUAUUUGGUUUGUAAAACUAUUUGACUUCGAACACUUCUUUUCUGUUUUUUUUUGUUUUUAGGAAAAAAAUAAUAUAGUUUUCAUCACGUAUUCGCCUCGAAGUUGGCUUUUCAAAAUUCAAUCCCUAAAUAAUGAAAUAUUAUACUGGAUUUUUGAUGUUUUCGGUACGAAAAUAUAUUUAUUUUUUUUUUUUUUGAUUUAUUGGUUACGGAUGAAAAAAAAUAAUAGUUAUCAUUUUAAUUGAUUUGAUUGUCACGAAUAUGGAUUUAGGUACCAUUUUUUAUACAUAAAUGAGCGGGCAACCGCGCUCCAAAUCACUUUUCGUUAUCAAUGGUUUGUCAUUGCUUACAGAUAGGAAUUAAAUAAUUUUAUGCAUCCUAACUUCUCAACUCCUGACUUACAACAGUGGCAUACCCAUCUCUAGUAUAAGGUCUUUUUUUCUUGUUUUAAAUACUGUGCACGUGGUAAACAUUGUAAUAAAAUAAUACGUAUUGAAUUCCUGAACGAUAUUCAGAUUGAUACAAUACGAGAUUUUUUUAAAUUUAAUAUAAUCUACAAACUUGUUUUAUUCAAUACUGUCGUGUUAAACAUUAGAUACAUUUUUGUAUUUAUUGACGCGUACUUAUAAUGUAAAUAGUUUUCAACUUCAUCCACAAACUUUUAACGAAUAAUAAUCGAAUCUUAAUAGCAAUCAAAAUGUAAUAAUUGUUUUCUUCUUGAGUAGGUACAUCGUGAAUAUUGAAGAAUUGUAUAAUUUUUUUUAUCUGAGAGGUAUAUUAUAUAGAAGACAGACAGUAAAAAAGAAACGGAACUCAAAACAAAUAUAUCAUAAUAUUAGUUUUUAUUGAAAAAACAAUUAUAAGAAGACUUAAAAAUGGGAUUCGUGAAAUCGUUUUUAAAUUCUGAAUGGAGCGAAGAACCUUAUGGCUUUACAAAGAUUUUUAUUAUUAUUAUUAUUUUUUACUUUUUUUUUUUUACGGACAACUUUUCUACCAGAAAAUAUGCGCCGAUUUUUACGUGUUGUAACUUUUCUGAAAGUAAAUCGGUGUAGGGAGGUACCUAGAAGAGUUAUCAUUAUUUUUUUUUUUUUGAGUUUUCUCAGCAAAUGUAAAAAAUCGGAAAAACCAUUGGAAAAACGUAGGAAAAUAGUGGAAAUCGGUACACUAAAGAAAUAUUAUUAAAGAAAAUAUAUAGAGCAUAUGUAAUUAUUUUACUAUACUAUGGUGUAUUCAACAAUAUAUAUAUAUUUUUAAAAAAGUAUCGCUAUUAAUUGAACUCUACUCAGAAUCGUUUUUUCGUUAUCAAUGGUUUAUCGUUGCUUACAAUUAUACAUACAAUUUUUGUCUGUUUCUUACCUUCCUAACUUCCUACCUACACCAAUGGUUGCACCCAUUCCCAUUAUUUUACUUUUCUUUUUAAUAUUAUGCCUAUCGAAUCAUCACUUUUCCAUCGGUCAAAAUAUAAGUAUACCUACCAUCGAGAAUACCUCAAAAAAAGUAAAAGUUGUACGUAAGAGUUGAAUGUACAAAUUCGCAGCAAUUUGUAUUUAUUAAAGUUACGAUCACGAGUGGUAAAUUUUUACUAGACACUUUUAAUAAUAGUCUCGGACGAAAAAUGCAAGGCUGUUAACGUGUAAUAAAGUUCAUGGUCAAGUCAAUUUCAACUUUUAACCUUUGAUUUUGUUAUCAAAUUAACUGUUUUCUUUUUUUUUUAUUUACAUCAACUCAAUAAACAACGAAUUAAGUUUAAAUUACAUAAGCACUUUGUUAAUUUAAAGUUCAUCUGUUUUAAAUCGUAUGUAUGUAAACACUUACAUUAUUUAAAAUUUAUAAUUUUUUUGAAUGAGUACUAUAAAUUUUAUAAAUUAUUUCCUCAAUAAUUUGCGCGUGGCGCUCAGAAUUUAGAAUUUAAAAAAAGUAGUUAUAAUUUAAUAUUCCCGGAAUAUCUGGCCCAGAUAUUUGACAUUGAAAUCUACCUAACGUUUUUAAAAUUAAAAUUUCACGCAGGUUUAAUUAUUUUUACUAUAAUUAUAACAAUUGUAUAUAAAAAAAACCAAAAACAAAAUAUUUAAAAAUGUAUUCAAUUAUUACAUCAAUCUAUUAACGUAUUUACUCUUAAACUUGUUUAGAUUCUGGGUGCAGCGAAGAAGCUUAGUUUUACAAAGAUGUUUAUUUAUUAUUAUUUUUUUUUCUGAGGACAACUUUUCUACUAGAGAUCUUGUUUAGACUUUGGCUCCUUUUUUUUUUUGAUUUUCCCAAGAGUUUUCCCAGUUAAUGUGAAAAACCGGGAAAAAACAAUGGAAAACUGGGAAAACCAAAUAAACAAUUAUUAUUAAAGAUAAUAUAUAAUCUCUAUUUAUUUGUUUUACCAUAAUAUGACGUAUAUAUUGUUGAAAAAGAAUCACUAUCAACUGAUCUUCCCUCAGAAUCGUUUUUUCGUUAGCAACGGUUUAUCGUUGCUAACAGGUGUACAUUAAAUUACCUAUAGCGGUGGCCGCGCCCGUCCCCAUUAUCUUAGGGCAGCUUUUUUUCAAUUACCUAGCUUUAACUUAAUUGAGUUAAUAUUAUUCAUUGACUUGCUCAACCUUAAAUAAACGUUUAUCGUUAAUUUUUUUUUUUUUGUCAAUAUAUUUCUACGAUAUAUGUUUCAUAUUAUGAAAUUAUAUGUUUAUGACUCCGAGCACGUACAGCACAAAUACCGAAUAACACAGCUCAUAUAGGAUUGCGUCACGAAAAGUCCUAUUGUCCAAGGAGAAUUUCACUAUAUUCUGUUAAUCCUAAACGCACACAGUAUUGAAUAGCCGAUUGCGGGCAAAAAUUUAAUGUGCCCAACGAUAAUAAACAAUACGACGACGAUAUUUCCAGAGGUAUUGGGAAAUAAAAAAUGUAAUAUUAUUACUUAGAUAUUGUGCGUUCUAGUCACGAGCCAGGUAUCAAACACAGAUUUUUUCAUAUAAUAGGUAUAAUUAAUAUUUUAUUUUAAAUUUCGUUCCGAAAAACUAUUUCCAAGUCUGAUAAGAAACUAAUACAAUAAUUACAUUGAUGUACUCACUUUCCCGUCCAUAUUAUUAACAUAAUCCGUUAAAAGAUUGAUGCAGUGAGCGGCCCUAAAAUAAAGUUUCUAUUUAUAUUAACGAACAUAUUUUUUAAACUUUAGAAUUUUAUUGUUUUUAACAUUUUAACAAGGUAUUGUUAAAAAUGUCGUAAAUAACUAUGAUUCCCAACCGUGUGUCUGUCUCCUCAGUCUGAGCAUUUGAAACUAAACUCGAUUUUGUCUAUUUUAAUUUGUGUGAAUCGAUAAUACGUGUAGGAAAAACGAAUACCUAUUCUAGAGUGUUAUCCAUCACUAACACGAAUUUUAGAAAAAAAAAAAAAAAAAUUGUAAAAAGAUAAUACUCUUCGCACGACACACAUUAAUACUAUUGUUAUCUAUUGCACGAACACGAUUGCGAAAAUUAUAAACGUUAUAAUAUCGUUACUCGAGGCUAUAGAGAAAAUUUCUAUUCAUAAUUAUAAAUUAUAAUACUAUAUUGCAAUACGAAUGCAAUUUAUCGCCACCGAUACUGCGACGCGCGGUUUAAUAUUUAUUACAAUAUUAUAUACACGAUAGGUAGACAGAUACUAAUAUACCUUCUAUAAUCAUUUAUGUAUUGUAACGAUUUAUAAUCUGUAGGUACAAAAUAAUAACUAUAAAAAAUGUUAUGAUGUAUUUUCUGACGAAUCAUCUGAGCGUAAUUAACCCAAAUAGUGUUGGGUGUUUUUUUUUUUAUUUUUAAGAUUGUUCAUUGUCGAAUUUUAUCCGAAAAUAGAGACUGUUGUGCUGUAAUUGUAUCUGUUUUAUAAUAUAUCUUUAUUCCCGCUAUUUUUGGAUACUUUUAGCGGCUCCCUUUAUAGACCAAAUGAGCUUAAACUCGGAAUUUAAAGCUGUUUUAUAAACGGAUUGAAGUUAUAGGUUAAGUUUGACCGUACAUUUCAAAAUAUUAUCGCUGGAGGAAAGUGUUUUCUUUAAACUUUGAAAAUCCUAAUACAAUAAAUCCAGAGGGGUCAAAUUAAAAAGUAUUCACUUUUUAAAAUUAUUUUUUCUGGACAUUUUAAGAAAUAAGCUGCUCUAAAAUUUAACAUCUAAAUUAUUUUUUGGAACGACUACGUACUUUUGAUUUUCAAAUGGCAACCUAUAUUAAAAAUGUCAUAAAUAGAUGGUGUAUUAGUUAAAAUAAAUUUUAGUGUUAACAUUUUUGAUUUCCGUCAAUCCAUUGACGAGAUAUUCCACAUUUAAGUUUGGGUAGAAGGAGCUACUCUCCUUCUCCACUACUCGGAGUAUCAUUUGAGUGGCGUUACGGCGCGCGGCGUGUUAAUAAUGCACCACCCCCAACCCAAACUUAAAAGUGGAAUAUCUCGUUAACGGCUCGUCAGAAAUAAAAUUGUCAACAUUCAAAUUUAUUUUAACUAAUACUCCAUUUAUUGAUGGAAUUUUUAAUGUAGGUUGCCAUUUGAAAAUCAAAAGUAGGUAGUGGUUUUACCCAAAAAUAAGGGUGACGAAAAAUAACUUAAAUAUAAAAUUGUAGAACUGCUUGUUUUUUAAAUUUUCUAGGAAACAAAUUCCGAAAAAAGUUAAUACUUUCCGAGUGUAUCCACUUAAAUCGAUCACCCGGUAGUAUCGAGAAUGUGGCUUUUGGGCGUUCCAAACUUUCAAUUCUUAUCAUUGCUAUUUGUAUGUUCGAAUUUUUAUAUGUUUGGAAAAGUAAGUGUAUUUAGUGUAGUAUUGUAUUAUUUAUUGUAUUCGGUGGUUUAUUGUUUUACACAGAAUAUUUCUGUGUAAUAUAAUGUAAUGAUGGAGUUUAUAUGGUGCUCACGGGCGUUUUUUUUAUUUUUAUUUAUUAUGAAAAUAUUUUUGUAUGCUUUUAAUAUCGCUUAGCACAACACAAUAUAUGCCAUUCGGAACAUUGUACGCAUUUAUUAAUGAUACUGUAAUGUACUAUAAAUAGAAACAUCAACGUUUGACCAGGUCUAUAAAUCUUAUCACAUCAUGAGCAAAAUCUGAAGUUUGACAGUCGUUCACCAACCAAGAGGGAAAAUUGUAUUGAUUAAUCCGUGACAUAUGCCGUUGUUUGUGCCACAAAUUAUUACAUAUAAUUUUACUUGAUAUUUUGGAAACUCUUUUUGUGUCAUAUCUAUGUUUUAAAUAAUAUCUAAUCACUAAACAAAUGUUCAUUAUAUCUUUUGUUAUACUGCAACACUACACAUUACUGCUGUAAAUGAAUUUAUUCCGUACAUAAAUAAAUAAAUAAAUAUGCAAAUAUUUGAAAUUAAUUACGAAUAAUUGUUUCUCUAGAGAAACUGGCCAGCGCAAAUCAAUCUAAAAUACUGUUGUUGAAUGUUGGUCGAAAUCACUAUCACUAUUCCGGUUCAUUUAUAAUUCAUUUCCGUUGGUUUAGUUAGAAAUUCGCCGCAUUAAAAACGACUUUCCCCAUUACUGAACCUAACACGUCAUAUGUUUUGUUAAUUCCCGUUAAAAUUGACAAUACAGUAAAGAUGCAGCGUGCAUCUGAUAAAUUAAGGGGAAGACAAGUUUAAGGCGGGAAAUUAAAAUUUCUUCUAAUCUUCACCAUAAUAUUAUCAAGGCGUGAACAAAUAUUCCGUUGGUUAAUCAACAGAAUUGGCCACCUUAGAGCAUAUGGCUACUUGACUUUAUACAUUUAUGUUUUAUUCGAUAUGACUUUAUAAGAUACGCGUUUGCUUUGUGGAAAAACAUUUUUAACGUAAAAUAAAAUAUACUGCGUUUAUGGUGAGAUGAGAAUAUUAUUUUCAGUUCAGAAUAUUUAUCAAUACGAGUGUAUGAUCAUUGGUAAUAUUAUAAGUGUUUAUAUUUUGUUGUUUUUGUUUAAACAGGAAAUGUACUGUCCGAUAGCAAUGAAUAUCGUCGUUUACGGGUUUUAUUUUGUCCGUUAUAAAAUAUUAAUUUUAAUAAAAAAUAAUACAUAAACUGCCAGUUUUAUUAAUUUUUGAUUAGCCGUUUGCACGUUUCGAUAAACAACGAGCAUAAAUAGUCUGUUUUUCCCGUCUACAUUUUUAAUAAUUGUAUAAAUAGACAAGAGAAUCGGAAUCGUAUACAAAUUACGUAUGUAGUACAUAAAUAGUCAUAAACAUAGAACAGAAAAAACACGCGAACGCCAAAAAGGUAAAUAUUCAUGAAAAACAAACAUACGAUGUAUACCUACUUUAAGAAUAUUAUAAUUUAGGUGAACGUUGUAUUUCAGAUAUGUAUAUUAUAGAAAUGCUCGUCCUUGAACAGUUAUAUUAUAUAAGUACUUUAGAAUUUGUUAUCAAACACAUAUACCAUCAAAAUUAUUUAGCUAUUCGAACGAUGUCUGCGGAAUUUGUUCGGAUAGUUGUCAUCGGGUGUAGUUUUUUUUUUUUUCAAACGUCUAAUAUUUCAACGAUUUUUACUUCAAUCUAAGUUUAUGUUUAAAUUACGGGUGAUCCAUUACGUAGAUCGGAUUACGUUGCGGAUUUCACAAUCGAUUUAAAGGUCUAACAUUAAUAACAUAUACCUAGGUAUAUAUUUUUCGUCGUAAUGUCCAAAUUAUUAAUUUAUGGUGGUUUUGAACUCGUGUACGUGAUUUUUUUUUAUUAUAUUAAACGUGGAAAUUGUACGAAUGUCAAAUUUCGUUUUUACCUAUUACAGCUGUUGCGUUCAAACACAUAAGAAGUAUUCACCGUAUUUUGAAAGUGUUUUAAAAAAGUUUCUAAACUUUAUGAUUUUUAUUAUAUCUAGACGAUCAAUCUUACAAGAUAAACCAUUUCGUAAUGGUCAUAAUAUCAUUUCCAUUUUACGUACCUACAAGUCCGUAACUUAAAACAAAUUUCCAGAGAGAAAAGUGCUCAAAAUAUUUUUUAUCAUACAAAAUUAUACUUUUUACGUUCAUGUAUCACCGCUGGACAGGGUAUCCAGAGAUCCAGUGGUCUCUUUCCAGUAGCCUUGGGUAUCUAUAUAGUUCAAGUAAAAAUGUUUUUCAAGUCCAAGGGGGGCGGGGAGGUGACUGCAACAGUCUAAAUGAACGAGAAUAUACCUAUAUAUACGUAUACAUCGACUGAUGGAUCUAUGGGGUAAUUGCCCCUCCUCUUUUAGUCUUCACCAUACUCUUAGUCCUAUUAUACUUUUAACACUUACACUCAUCAUGUAUUGUCAUAAAUGUGUGUGUGUGUGUGUGCCUAAUGUAUGAAUUUUCAAUUUCACACCCCUCUAUUAUCUCGUUCUGGAUUCGCUCCCGUAUAGCGUGUAUCAUUUCGGUUAAAUAUCGACGCAUUUCAGGAAACACUUAAACGUCAAAACAGCAGAUUUUAAAAACUUCGCGUUUAUAUAACAAUAAUAAUAUUUACAAUUUGAUUACACAGUUAUGCGAGCUUCCGUUCCCCCGUCUCCGUUAAAUAAUAACAUCAUAUGUGCAUGCGUAAAUGAAACACUCGACUUUUCAAUAGCCAGUGAAUACCUAAUGUUUCGUCAUGCAAUAUUUUUCCGACGUCGACGGUUAAACUACGCAAAUUAAUCGAUGACUCGACUACUGCACGGUAUUAUUUUAGGUAUAAAUAAUAAUUAUAUCGCCUAAUCGGGUCACUAAAUUAUACUGUUAUAAUAAUUUCACCUUGUAUCAGCAGCUUAGUCAAUUUGGGAUUCGUAUUAUGGGUAUAGAAACAAGCGCGGUUUCCAUUAUAUUUUACAGCAUUUCAAACGAACUUUCGCCUUAAUUAUUACGUACCUAUCCAAAAUUAUAUACUCGUAUUAUAUACAUUUUUUUUGAACACUUAUUGAUAAUAUUAUUUCAAAGAAAGAAAAAAAAAACCACAUACGAGAUAAAAUUUAAACUUAGGUAACACAAAUUCACGAGACAUUUAAUUCUAAGUUAAUUAUAUGUUUUAUAAAUUGUGUUUAAAAACAUGUCGUACAAUUAAUUUAACGCAAAAUAAUAAUUAUAUGUUUACCUGAUAUAAAAAAAACGAUUUCAAUAUUUCUAUUCGCAUAAUAACAUUAUAAAAUCUGGACGGUGAGCAAGAGCUCUAUAGGCAUGCGCGUUAUACAAUUAUAAUUGUAUUAUCGAUUUUCAAUACUCCGAUAUUUGUAUGUAUUAAAUAUUAUUUUAAACAUAAUGCAUAUAUUAUACAGUGAACACAUGUUUUUGCGCUGCACAGCAACGUGACGCGCUAAAGCAGGUUUUGUCCCCUUUCCCAGCCCUGCCAUCGUAUCGUCCACUUUGUUCUCGACUGCUGCCGCAGCACGUUGUAAUAAUUUUAAAUUAUUGUGUUUUUUACUUACGUCGUGCCGUGUUGUUGUACGCCCGUUCGUUAAACUACAAUAUAAGACAAUAUUAUGUAGGUACAUUGCUUGGGUCACGAAAAAUGUUUUUUUUUUUUUUUCAGUUUGAAAAAAAUUAAUUCAAAAUUGUCGGCUAAUAAUAAUGUUAACUGUUUUUUAAUUUUUUUUUUUUUUCUAGUACCUAGUUAAAUGUUAUUUUAAACGUCAUCAUAAAUAAGACAUAAUAAACAUGCAUGUGGGUUAGAACGAACUAAAUUUUCGCCAUCCGGGAAGUGGAAUAAAAUGCAACAACAAUCAUUAUCGUCGAAUAAACAAUAAACAAUACUAUGUCAUUUAGUUCAUAUAACGGAUAUAGGAUACGAUGUUGUAAUAUGUAGAUUUUGGACUCACGAAAUCGCGUAUUGAGGCACCCGAUAAAUAACAAUAAUAAUACAAAUCAUCCCUGUGCAAUAUCUUCAGUGCUUCCUGACCUUCUCCCCACCUGAUACCGGGAAAUCUCUUCUUACGAAAUUCUUACUUAUUCGAUCACUUUCGUGAUUGUUGAUUUUGUCUGUGAAAUUUCAUUUUAGUGUUCUUGUAGGUAACACGGCCGUUAUGGCAGGACACGAACGAAUUCGGUCUCACGGACGUACGAAAAAAAAGUCGCUCCGACCGUUUUUGCAUUCCAUAAAUAAAAAUACUCGUGCCAUGUACAUAUAUAACGUAUAUAUUACGUUUUGUAUUUUAUAAGUACACUGCAAAGUGUAAUUUGCAUAUACGACGAGAGGAGAACGCUUGCGAUUUAUGCGUGUCGAUAACGAUCAAACCUCGUAUAUAAAUACAUCUGCUGCUUUGGUUGUACGAUUAUUUUAGUAAACCGUUCGCGUGUGGUCUGCCAUAAUAUUGUCUUCGGAAUAUUAGCGCGUAUAGUCUUAGAACGGUGUAAAUGACCGUUGGAAUCGUGAUAAACGGCACCCCAUAACGUCUGUUUUUAGACGGCUCUCACCAUAGGUAUAAUAAUAUAGACGUUUGAAAAUACAACGACGAGUCGACGACCUCUGCGAAAAUCGACCUUUUUCAAAAGCUAUACCCAUAUUAUAUUAUACGCGUAGGUGAAUAAUAAUACGUCAUGCUAAUGGCUAAAACCGACUCAAUAAUAAAAUACGUUGGCCAUUGCUACUGGACUGACAUUAUCAAACUCGGUCAACCUAUUUUCAUAAAUCGAUAAAAUCGGGUUAUAUUUUAGGUAAUGCGAUUAUCAACUCGCAUUAAUUUUGUUUUUACGGAACAUUUUGCAGAAUAAUUAUUUUCUUUUACUCAGGGAGAGACACACGAUUACAAAUUCGGGCUAGAAUUUCAUAAAAAAAAAAAAGACGUCCUAGGAUAAUAGAGUAGGGUAUAGCCACUGAUAUAAGUAAUUUAAUGUUUAUCUGUAAGCAACGAUAACCCAUUUGCCAACGAAAUAAUGAUUCUGAGCGAAGUUCAGUUGAUAGCGUUGCUUUGUCAACAAUACAAUAUAAUAUGGUAUAUGUUAUAUUAUUAUUAAAUAAUUACAACAAUGUGCGUUUCCAUGACAACAAUGAUUGUUUAAAAAAUACUAAAAUAAUAAAAACAUAAUAAUAACAAAAACUAAAUAAAAACGGUUGCCCAUGACAACUUUAUUGUUUAACCUAAAGAACCAGGUUUUUCUCAUUAUCUCGAAUUUUAAUGAAAUUUUCAAAAGAAUGAUCUCUAAAAAGCACCACCCAGAGAACAUUUCCUUUAUGCUUGAUAAUCGGAGUAUGCUUUCUGGUAGAAAAAGUAUUUGCAAAAAAAUAAAAAUAAACACCAUUGUAAAACAAAUACAUUUCUCAUUCCACUCAAAAUCUAAAAAAAAUAAAAAAUAUUUGCUAUACUAAUUAAGAUCAAACUAGUUUUAUAUAGUUUCCCGUUCGAUACAUUGCAAUCAAGCAUACUAUUUUGCCAACUAUCACCUGCCAUCCAGUGCAGUAUAUAAUAGAUAACAAAAAUUUCAUAAGUAUAACGGUGUAGUGAAAUCUUUAAUUUUUACGUUGUGUCGGUGUAAAUUAUAUUUGUUACCUAAGUAUUUUAUACUUGAUCUGCACUUUAAUUUGAUAACUGUUAUCAAAUUAAAGAUAUAUCACAAUAGUUCGACAGUAAUGUUCUACUUUAUAUUAUUAUUAUCUUAGUAUUAGAAUACCAAGAACACCUUUUGAAGUAUCGUUUCACUGACCGCGAGUCUCCCAUUAGACUUCUUUUGGUCUGUAGAUCUGAGAAGUUUUAUCUUGAUUUAAUCUUGUUUAAGUGGUAGGUGGAAAAUAAAAAUUUGUCUACACUACAAUUUUAUUUUCGGUGAACUGUUUCAGAAACGUUUCUUAUUUUUGUCAUUAGCAGCACGGUGGUCUAGUAAAGCCAUUGGUCAAUGCUGCAUGAGUUUGAGUUCAGUUUUAACGUUUUGAUACUGCGUUCUUGAUUAUAUUACGUAUCGGUUAAAACAAACGUAUUAUUAUUUACGUACCUUCAUUUCGUUUACCGUGGUAGUGGUGUAGUAGUGCAAAGUACAAAGCGGAAGUAUAGGCCCGACAGGCGGAAACAAGGAACUGCCGCCUCGUUCUCGAAAUAGAACGUUGACGAAUAUACUUUUACACAUGAAACUCGCAUGAAGAGAGGGGAUCGUACAACGGAUUGGAACGGAAACGAAAUAAUAUUUUGUCGUCCGCAAGCUGCGUCAGCGCAUAUAAACCGAUUUACUCGAUUCUCGUUAACCACUACUGUAUACAGAGUGCCCUAAAAUAUCUCCUGAGAUGGUAAAGAUUAUCAAAUUCUGAUUUUUUUCUUGUAUUACUCGCAGUGAUAAGGUCUACGAAUAUUUAUAUUUAAAUUAAAUUUGUAUGUUUUAGUAAAAAAACCUAAAAAAAUGACUUUUUAUUUUAAUAUUUUCAAAAAAAUUGAAGAUAGCGAUUUCAUAGAGUUUUUCUUCUGAUUUGUGCGUAACUUUUAUACCAGAAUACCUGCUCCAAUGUAUAAUAAUAGAAAUUUUUUUAAAAGGAUAUUUCGCUAGGGAGCUACUUUAGAGAGGUCAUUUUUCGAUUUUUUCAAGAGUUUUCCCAGCAAACGUAAAAAACCAGGAUAAAACAUGGGAAAACCGGGAAAUAUGUAGGAAAACUGGGAAAAUCUGUACAAAAUUAAACAAAUAUUAUUUAAGAAAAUAUAUUAAGCCUAUUUAAUUAUUUUACUAUAAAAUAACAUGUAUACUGUUAACAAACCAUCACUAUCAACUGAACUCCGUUCAUUUCAGAAUCGUUUUUUCGUAAGCAACGGUUUAUCGUUUUUUACAGCUAUAAAUUAUUAUCUAUAGUAGUGGCUGCAUCAGUCCUCAUUAUCCUAGGACAGCUUUUUUAAUCAUUUUUUUUUUAAAGUUCAGAGAACAGAGAGGUACUUUAUCUUAUUUUAUUAACAAUGUAUUUAAGCAAUCUUGUAUUGUACAUUUUCUCUUAUUAUAAUAUCCAUACUAUUAUUUGUAUACUAUAAGUAUAUGUAUAUAUAUAUAUAUACUUAAUGUUCUGUUUCUAUUAUAUUAUCCUGUUCUCUGUGCCCUUGUGGUGUUGAGCUGAGACCCCUGGGCUCCCCUGGAUCCACUAUUGGUUACUAUAUUAUGGAAUCGUGAAAAUAACAAGAUACUAUUUUAUUAUAUAAUCGAAUAAGAUUUUCCUAUUCCAAUUGUCAAGAAAAGAUACUAUAUAACAGAUAUUUUAGCAAAAAAAAAAUUGUCAACAAAUUACAAUUUUUCGUAGAACCAAGUCAGGCACAGCUCAUCGUCCAAUUUGCAUCUUCGUCAAAAGUCACAGUAUAUCUGUAAAUUUAUCGGGAAUCCUUUAGCCUAUAUUGUCGAAAUAUUUGAAUAGACUCUGUGGUUAAAAAAUUAAUACACAUAAAAUAAUAACUAAGUAACCUCGGCUACAAUCAGGCACCCUUCAAAUAACAUUCCGCUCACACGAAAAACUAAUUGCGUCUCGUUUAUUAUGGUGUACCCGCGAAGUUUAAUAGGGUCUUUGCUCUUAUCCGGUGUGUGUGUGUGUGUGUGUGUGUGUGUGUGUGUGUGUGUGUGUGUGCGUGUGUGCGUGUGUGUGUGUGUGUGUGUGCACGCGUGUGCGUGUAUUAUUACAAAUCGACUGUACCGUUCACUCGGAAACGCUUCUUUUUUUUUUCAUAACUCCGAUCGGAUUUCAUGCCGCUUAUCAUACCAUAUAGUGUCAUACGACAAUUUAAUGUGUUUGACGGAAAUGGUACAAUUUUUCCUGAAUAAAAUCAAAUUAUUACCGAUACUGUAAUUGAAGCUACAGCAGAACAAAUGGAAUUUCGAGUUUAUUUAAUUUGAUGAAUUCAACAUUUUUUUUUUUCGGUUGGGGGAGUGGUUGCGCCCAUUUUUCACGUUAAAUAAUGUUGGCAAAUCUAACGAGAAAACGAACGCUUCCGCAGUAAAUGCUUUUCCUUGUCUAGUUUUCAAUCCGAAGGAACGCGCCGGAUUGAUUAUUGAUAAUAAUCCUUAUCGAUUCCAUUUUUUCCUGGGCCAUUAGAUGUUUAAAAUUAUCGAAGGAAAUUGAAUUUUAAUCCGAUUGAUCAUCAAGUCUAAUGAGGAACACGCGGAUUAUUGUUUCCGAAAAAAAAAAAAAAAACCGUCAACAAUUAAAAUGAAAUUUUCGGUUUUUCAAUCGAACAUCAUCCAGGGAUCUAGUAUCGAAACUAUCCGUGGCGUAUUUCGACAUAAUAUCGAUUGCACUAUUUUCUGGACGCGUUGACGCAAACAAUCUAUGUGAAACAACAUUUUCUUUGCGUAUUUUCAUUCGAUUGGUUUUAUUAUUUAUAUUUGUGUACCUAAAUAUUAUGUACCGAAACUAAUUUUUACAAUUAUUAUUAUUAUUAUUAUUAUUAUUAUUUAUAUAAUUAAACAAUGAAAACCGUUUAAAUACGUGAUUAGUACAAAAUUCAAUUUUUUUUUUUUUUUUAGAUUUUUUUCAUACCGACCAUCUGGAUAUUCGACCUUCUGAAUUCGUAUGGGGACACGCAUACAAUAUUAUAACUAUAUACGUUUUACCAUAGUUGGAAGGCCUCCAAAAAUAUUACAGGUAAUGUUUAAUGGCUAUUCUCUCAUAUUUACUCAUAUUUAUACACAUAUAUAUAUAUGUAUUAUUUACGACAAAACCAAGGAAAAACCGGAAUAUUUACGAAAUUUAUUAUUUUAUAUUUUAACAGAACAUUUGUAUUUGCAUUUUCCAUACCUAGGUAUAAUUUUCAAAACAUUUUAGCCAUUUUCGAGCUAUUUAUAGAAAUUUUCAUUUUUCUAGUAUUUUACGUUAUUUUUAUUCGGUCGGUAUUCUGUGGAUACAAUUGGUAAAUCAAACCGAAAUGAUUGAACAUUUAAGAAGAAGUUCAUUAUAAAUCGUACUUGUGGUUAAACAUUGAAUGUAACGUAGAAUUGUUUUUCUCAUAAGAAUUUGAAUAUACAAUUUUUGACGAAAAUCCUAAAUAUUAUGACCUUUCAAAAUAAGUUUAACCGAAUUCCAUUCAGAAUCGUUUUUAGUUAUCAAUGGUUAAUCGUUGCGUAUAGAUGUACACUAAAUUCUCUUCUAUAUUCUAUCUUCCCAACUCCCCACCAAAAACAAUGGCCCACCCACUGUACGAAGUAUAUCCUUAUUUUUUUUUUUGUGUGUAUUUGUGAACAAUUUUGACCAUCAGAAAUUUCGCUCCUAUCAAAAACUUUAUAAGAACUUUCUUGUGUCAUCUUUUAUCUAGUUGGUGCAUUGAGGAAGUCAUUUGUUGAUUUUCCUUAUAGAUUUCUUAAAAAAUAGGAAAUGCUAGCAAUUUGUUUUGUAUAAUUUUGGUGACAUUUGUAUUACUUCUGUUACAAGUUAAAAAUACGACUAAUAGUACUUUACUCAAAAUCGUCUUUCGUUAGCAAUGGUUUGUCUUUGCGUACAGAUAUACGCAGAUUUAAAUUAAAUUAUUUUAUAUGGCUAUAUUUUAGUAUACAUGGAAACUUCCCCUUAACUAGAAAAACAGUGACACACCCGUCAGCAGUGUCAGACUUUUUAAAAACAUUUUGAAUUAUUAUCAAUGUUGACUGCACGUGUUAUGCUCGAAUUUCAUUUUCGUGUGUACGAUUUAUUUCGUCAUUUUAUUAUGAUUCAAUAAACAUAUAUAUUGUCACAUAUAUAUUUUUCGCUCAGCUUUAAACAAUUUUAUUAGGAUCGUGGAAAUAUAUUUUAUGUAAAACGUAUUAUUGACCAAUAUACCUAAUUGCGGUAUAAUUAUUACGUAGGUAGGUACAGACAGGUUGUGCAGAAACUAUGUCAUUAUUAUAAUCGUCAUACCUAAUAGCAAAUUGUUAUAGAAUCUUUUCUUAGCAAGACAGCAUAAUAGGUAUACAUAUAUAAUUUAUCGACAAUAAUAUCAUAUUGUGUUUACGAUUUUGUAAGAUAGAUAACGUGGAUAUGUAAUAUUAUGAGACAACGAUUGCGACGAUAACGUAUAGUAUACUAUUAUUAUAUCGUAUAAUAAAUACAAAUGCAUUUAAGUUCAGUGGUGGUAAUAUUAGCGACGGUUAUCAUAAUAUUUUAUAGGAAACGUUAUCACGAUUAUUUCAAUAGCGUGAUAAUACUCGCUGUAUUAUUCUAUUUUAUGCAAACGAAAUUCAUACAAAGCCCAUACCCAUGAUGUAUCGGCUAUAAACGUUCAAACGACCCAGGUACCCGUGCGAGCGUAUCGUAUUUAUUCAUAUUUAUGCGAUCGCGAAACUGAAUAAAAAAUGAUGGUCAAGUACAAUGUAAUCCAACAUUGGCGAACAGCGGCCCAUGACCUAAUUCGCAAUACGGUUUCUGGAAAAGUUUUUCUUUUGUCCGAGCCUGCGAUAUUGGCGGUGGCGUCCUUCUAUUGACCGUAAUUGGUAUUCAACUCUUAGCAUAAUAUUAGUAACCGUUUGCCCGUUCGAAUAUAUUUAUUUUAUUAAGCGCAAAUUACACGCACAUACACACACACACACACACAUAAUAUGCAAAUUUUUUAAAAUUUCUUUUUCGACGAAAGUGGUUCCGAAAAAUUGACCACCUUUCUUUUUUCUUUUUGCAUUAGUUUUUUAGCAUUCUGUUGAUGUGCGUGCACACAGGAAUGGGGAUAGGGUAGACAGCUGCCCUAUCCUGUUGGCUAAAUUUUUCUGCAAAAUACUGUGAAAUCGUUAAAAUCCGAUUAUUAUAUUAAAUUAAAUGAUAUUGUUUUUCUAUCUGUGAACAACUUUUCUACCGAAAACUUCGUCCGAAAUAUAGACUGCAACACCUUUUUUGAAAGAUACUUUUCCCUCAUUGAUGCACCGAGGAGAUCAUUUUUCGAUUUUCCGAGGGGUUUUUGAAAUAAUUGAGAAAAAGGCGUUACCGUUUUCAUCGUUUUUAUUAAAUUAACACGGUGUUUUCUAUCAUUCAUAUUACUUCAAUAGAUAAAUAACAAGUGACCUUUUUUGUGUCCAAGUUUUUUUUUUUAAAUUUUUAUUAUUAAAACUGUCAAAUUAAUGGCGUUACGAGUUCAUUAUUUUACAUUUUUACGGCUUGUGUUUUCAAUCAUAAAUAUUGCUCAAUAAAAAACUAUCAGAUGAUCUUUUUUGUUGAAUUCGUAAUCUGGUUAGUGAACAAGGUAAUCGUUUUUUGGAUUUUCAUUGUGGUUUUUUUUUAAUGAUAUUUUGUACAUGAAUUUUAUUUGGCAAGUACUCUGUGAAUAAAAUUAUUAGACUAAAUAUAAAUGCUUGAAAAUUUAACAAGAGGUUCCAUACAUGUCGCAGUUUGUGGUCAAAAAUAAAAAUUUGAGUUUUAUGUAGUAUUUUUUUUUUAUAAAGAAAUUUUAAUAUCAAAUUUUGACGAAAAUCGUAAAUAUUUCUGCCUUUCAAAACAUAUAUAUAACCGAAUUUCACUCGGAAUCGUUCUUUGUUAUCAAUGGUUUUUCGUUAUCGUUGGUUACAGGUAUAAAUUAAAUAACUUUAUGUAGCUAUCUCACCUUCCCCACUACCCACCUAAAACAGUGAUCGCACCCGUCUCCAGUAUCAACUAUUUUUUUUCCCUUUUUUACUUAUAAAUGCACUUUUGAUGGUGAUGACGAUAACGAUUUAAUAAGUGAUAAUCUUAAUUUAGAUUAUUAUUUAUGUAUGAAAUACGCCCCAAUAACUUCGGUGGACGUAGAACGAUAUUUUUUUUCGGACAUAAAUAGUUUGAGCCCAUACUGUCAACGUUUUACUGAAGACAAUUUAUUUAAGUACAUGGUAGUGAUUUUUUUUUUUUUUUUUUAAUACAAACUAGUUAAAUUAAUUUAAAUCAACUUAAUUGUUUAAUUAAUUUUGUAAUUGCUUUUUAUAUAAAUUAAAUGGUUUGUUUUGCCUUUUUCACAUUUUAAAUACUUUUUUAUUUUUUUAUAUUCCCUUCGAAUUCGAAACCUACUAAUAAGUAAUAACUAAAAUAAUAUUCAAUUAUAUGACAUAUAUUAUUUAACAUAUAUUUGACUCGUACGUUACUUACAAUGCGAACAUUUUUCCAUUUUCAGAACAUUUUAUUGAUGUUUAGUGCAUUAUAAUAAUAUUUAUAUACCUAUUAUUAUUAUAAUUAAAAUUUUAGUGUAGAAUAAUUAGUUUAUCUACUCGUAAAAUAUUAUCUUUGUAACAAGGGAAAAAACAGGUCUAAUACAACUUAUUUUCAUUUGCAACUAUUUAGCAUCAAAUUAUAUUGCCUUGUUCGUAUACCUCCUUUAUUUACUGCCAGUUUAAUAAAAAUAUUUAAAAUAACUACAUAUUUGAAUAUUAAAUAAAAAUAAUAUCCGAGUACAAACAUAGAUACUUUCAAAUUUGUUUAAUAACAUUUCUCUUAUCUUUUAAAUCAACUUGUUUUUUUUUUUAGCAUUUUCAUGAAUAACAUUAAUUUUAACCAUCGCGUUACAUCAUCUGGUGUAGGUAAAAGAUAAACGCAAUUUUUUUUUUAAGCAACUCAUCUGUUCCUUUUAACCAGUUAUUUGAAUUGCCAGUUCAUUUGAAUCAUACUAUCUCGAUCGUGAAAAGGGCAUUUGAAAUGUUUUUCUCCAUAAGUGUAAAUACAACCUAUGCUCUUACUAUAGUUCCUUGUCGUACAUUAUGUCUCCUGAAAAAUAUUGACCUUUCUUAUAAAUGUCAUGCAACCUAUUGGAAACUGCCAGGAGAUAUACAGUAAUCAGAAAAUCACUAAAAAAAAAGAUUAUAUUUUCUGACUUGAGUAAAUCACACAUCCAAUUUUUUUUUAAAUAUUUAAAGUGAUUGAAUUGAAAAAAUAUCCUUUGAAUCUAAAAUAUAUUAAUUAAACAAAGAAAGUAUUUGAAUUAAUAUUUGAUUUUAAGUACAGAUAUACUGAGAAAGUAUUUAAAAUACUUUGUACAAGUACUUCUUUUUAAAAUUAUUAAAAUACUCAUUUGAGUACUUAAAAAGCAUUUGAAUACUAUACUACUAAUAUUAAUUUCAAACACUGGCAACUAUCUACCUGCAACACUGACUAUAGUUAUAACUCGUGAGUAGUAUCAAAUUUUUGUAAACGGUAUUGUUGUGGUAAAAAAAUGUUUUUAGUUAUUUUUUUAUCGGAUUUGUUUUAUUGAUAAAAUGAUUCAAUUACAAUCGAUUAUUGUUUUUUCCUGUCUAAACAGCUUGUACGCAGUGCACUUUUGUUACACGGCUAAUUUGAUGUGCAGUAAAAUUGUAAUAAUAAUCGAAACAACGAGAGUGUAUGGUAUAAUAGUGUCGUGGGUAAAGCGGUUAGUUUUUUUAACCAUUUAAAGCGACAGAAGACAUAAUAUAUACAUAGAUACGCUCGCGAUACGUUAUAUUGCAAUGUUACGUCAAGGCCGGCCUAUCUGCAGUCCGCAAAAACAAAUUAUAGUAAUGGUUUUAAAUUUAAAAUAACAAUAAAGACUAGAAAAAAUAAAAAUAAAAAUCGUCGUUGAAUUAUUCGACUCUUGAGUCGAAAGCAUUCCGAGCGUUCGUUUCAUUUAAACAAUGUACACAUUCAUUUUUAGCUGUUCAAUGCGAGGUAUUUUUGGAUUACCUUUGGCUUUUUCUUCCUCGAUCGUAGAUGAUUUUAGUUUAAUGACUUGUUAAAAAGAAAAAGCUAAUUUGUUUUUUUUUAUUUAUUUUUUUAGAGCGUAUAGUGAAAUAGCUAUUUGCUUUUAGUCAGGAAAAAUGCCCCAAAUCGUUCACACUGUACAUUGAAAAAUGUGCAAUUUCACCCGGUAGCAAUUUAUUUGAAAAUUUGUCCAUAGAUUCUAAACAGAUAACGAUACACCGCUAUUUCGUUGAUUUCUGAGUUACUUUGGCAAAACAUGUAGAAAAUCACUACUAAAACUAAGUUUAAUGCAGUACCGGUGUACCAAUAUUGGCUAUUGGUGUGGAGAGUGGCUGCCCCCCUCCCUGGUUGCCGUUUAAAUAUAAAAUAUCACUAAUCAGUGCUUGAAUUCUAUGAUCACACUGUGUUAAUAUUAUUAUUAUACUAUACAAUUUUAAAACAUAUGCAAACGUAUGCUAUUUUAAUUAUACACUAAUUGUUUUUAUUUACAAAAUAAAACAAAGUUUAAAAAAGUGUAUUACUGUAAGUCGGGUACUAGUAAACACGUCGUUGUAUACAAAGUUUAAACAAACAUUUAAAAAAAAACAAAAAUAAUAAUACUCAGGUGAAUAAUAAUAAUAAUAAUAAUAAUAAUGAACUCAGUUUUGAUACUCUUAUUUUGACGUUUUUAGCAUACGAGUAUUAAAUUUUUUUUUGUCCCUUUUUUACCUUUUAAGUACUUUUUCCUUUUCUAAUACUUUUUACGGUAUUUAUUAUUAUUAUUUUUUUUUAAAUCUACGUUCAAAAACAUUAUUUAUAUUUAAUAAUAUUUUUUCUUUUUGAUUAUGAAAACAUCUAAAUAUAACGCGUUAGUUUAUCACCUAGAUUUUCAAAAAUAUUGUAUUUCAGUGUUUCGAUUAGUGUAUUUUUUCGUGGAGGAAAGAUUUCUAGUGUAUUUCGAAAUGGUUUAUUGUAGAGAUUUCGAGUGCUCUUUGCGAGACGUCUUUUUUCCGGGAUGAUUUUAAGUACUUCUGAAGCUAAACGUUUUCAAGUGUCGUGUGUACUAAAUUUCACAGCCCUGCCUAUAAGCGCGCGAAUACGCGAGUACACAAUAUCAGUGUUUACAAUUCUGGUGGAUAGGAACGGAUAUCCAUAUGCAUACCUACAGUGAAAAUCUAUUACCUAUAGCCGAUAUCUGGCGGAAACCGAUACUGCGCAAUGCUCAUCAAAUUACACGGUCCGUGGGAUCCCGCCCCCUGCUCUACGUACACCGCCCGCACAACAAUUAUAUUAUGCGAGCGGAUAAUAUCGCGAAAAAAACACUCGCUCCACCAUCAUGUUUAAACGAUUUUCUCGGGUCGUCUAUUAUUAAUAGAAACGGGCACGGUCGAACACGAUCCGCUUUUGAUAGGUAUACAUUUACGGUGUACAAUAAUACCUAACCUGGGCACGAACACGACUAGGAGGUACGCGUUUUCAACGAAACGUAACGAAAUCGAUUAACGCGGUCAUGAACGGCAGUCUCUGCGCAGUGUAAGUUGCGGUAGGCACAAUAAUAUUAUACUCGUCCGGGUGCGACGACGGUUUCCUCUACCGUAAACAAACAGCGUGCACGCGAUUAACCUUCUGCGACGACGUUUUUUUUUAAACGUGUCGCUUCGAUUAGGUAAAUUUUAUAAUAUGCGCGCCGGAGUAAAUAAUAUUCUCGAAUAUACUACCGUAUACGAUUGUAAUGAUUGCAAUAUACGGACGACGAUGUGUCGUCGAUAAACUGAUCGUUUUCCUCUCGAAAACUCUACCCGUGCGUCGAGCCUAAACUAACCCAGAAGUAACUUUUAUUGUCCGCCGUUCGACCGUUCGACUCAUCCGCUAAUAUUUCCCGACGCGCCCAAUGUUCCCGACGUAUUCCAGUAUUUUCAUUUGUUCUCAUCUGGGUCGGACCGUAUGACACAGUAGCGUAUAGAACGUACAAUGUACAAUGACUAAGUACUCGGUUUUAUACGUUUUAUGCUGUGUCUAUACAAGUUUGUAUAUUGAUUUUAUUAUGGCUGCACAAACCAACAGCUAUCAAGUAUAAUUUGUUGUAUUCAUAUUGUUAGCAAGUUUAUAAAGUUAUGUUUAUUUAAUACGUUUGUCUGUAUUAAUUCGUUUCGUUGUUAUCGUAAUCAAUUAUGUUUAUUAAAAACAAGAUGUCCCGCCCAGCUUUGCCCGUGCAAUAAAAAAGUUCUAAAUAAAUUUAAUAGAUAAAUUAUCGUUAUAAUAUACUAUUACCAUAAAUACACGCACAGCACAGAGAUGGCACUACAGAAAUUAAUAAAAAAGUUUUAUUUUUUUUCAUUCGUGUUACCAAAGUAACUUAUAAAUCAACAAAAAUAAUUCGAUUUUUCUAUAAAACAUUUCUAAAAACUGAAUUUUAUAAAAAGUGAUAUUUAAUACGGGGUGGAUUUCAAUUAUUAUAAACUGUAUGCAGACAACGUGAAACACGUUUCUUAAGUUUCAUAGCGAUCGGAUAAAGGGUGUAGUACAAAUAAUAAAAAAUAGCUUUUCAAAAAUAGCGAUUGUUUCGUCACUGGACGAUAACCCGAUUUUUCGCGACCGAAUUCGACGACGAGCCUUUGUUUUGCUGCCACCGAAAUGCUAUAGGUAUAGGAGAAAUACUUUUUACCAAAAUGGGUUGAAUAAUUUAACAAUAUACUCAUGCAGUUGCUACAAUACAACAACAUAAGAUAAGAUACGUAAUAACUUAAUGAAUACGGUGCUGUGUAAGCAUAACAUAUGCAAUAAAAUAUGUGGCGCAACCAGCAGGAGGAGCAUGAGCGGUUUUAUUGUCUGGACACUUUUCCCCAUCCGUGUUAAGUAAAAUAAAAUUAUUAAAAAGUGUUCUAUUUAAUACGUAGGCACUAGACAUGUGAUCCCUUCCUAAAAUUAUUUUGACAAUGACAGGUCUCUUGUACGGUCAUUAUAAUAUAAAUCCUAAAGACGAAAAUUCGAACAUGUAGAUGUAGAUUUGAGGAAAAUACGUAAUUUUCACAUGGUCAACCAUAUGUGGCUCUUUCAAGAUCUGCAAGUGGUGGUGACAAUAUUCAAUAGCUAGGUCGAACUCCCAACUGAAUACACAACCUGAAAAUACAAUAAAAACGUAAUGUAUUCUGAAGCGAUUACCUAAUUUACUUUGUAUCUUAUCAAUCAAGAUGCUACCAUACACAUUUUUAAAAAUUUCAACUUUUAAAGGUACUGAAUAGUCAGUAAAUAAUUUAUUAUUUAUUUUAAAUUAAUAAUUUAUUUAUGUACAUUGAUGUUUGUACUGUUACCACUGACGGGGUAGCCAGUAGUAUUUUAUAAUAUUGAGAUCUCGAAUUUUGAAUAGGUUAAUAACUGUUUACGCGAGGACGACGACGUGUCGGUGCAGGUGAACUCAACACGAAUGUCGCGCAUAAUAUCAUUAUUAUAAUAAUGGUAUUAUGUAAAAAAAAAUAAAAAAUAUACUUAUAUUAUUAUCACAAUGGUUUUUAUAUAAAGUUAUUAUAAAGACGCGUAAUUAUUAUUAUUCUCUGGUAAUAUCAUACAAAACAAUGUGCGAAAAAAAUUACACUAUACUCACUAUACUUAUUAUAUUUUCUACCUACGUAUAAACAGGCAUUCUUUUAGAUUCUUCUCGUCUUGUAAAACUUUCGCGUCGUAUAUCUUAAAAUAUGCGAAUUUUCUACUGGUUUUUUUUCGGAAUAUUUACUAGACUCUCAACAGUUUUUCCGAAAAAGUAUAGUGUUCCAUUGCUUAAUACAAUAAAGAGCUACGCGAAAUAACAAACUUAGAGUAUGUACCGAAUUUUAUCAAAUGGUAGAAACUGGUAAAAGCCCAAAGAGUAGACCCGAAAUCUGUAGUUUAGACGUAAUUAAAUAAAACUUUAUACAUUUGUUUGCACUCUUAAUCAUAAAAAAAAAUAUUUGAUAUUGAGGAUGGCUGCGCCAUUGUUGUAGGUGGGAAGUUUGGAAGGUAGGAUUCAUACAAAUAUUUAAUUUAUACUUGUGAAUAACGAUAAAUUAUUGCUCACGAAAAACAAUUCGAAGCGAAGUUCGAUUGAGUUAUUUUAAAAGAGCGUAAUAUUUACGAUUUUCGUCAACAUUUUAUUUUAAACUCUUAAAAAAAAAAAAAAAAAAAAUACUAAAUUACACUAAAUUUUUUUUUUUUUUUUGACUGCCAUGUACAAUUUACUUAUGAUGAGGCUUCUGUUAGAUUUUCAAGCAUUUCUAUUUAAUUUAACGGUUUAGUGAUUGGAGCAAGAUUUCUUUUGAAAAUGUUGUUUACAAACAUAAAAAAAAUAUAUAAAAUACACAUAGUAGUAACCAAUAGUUUCCUCGUUCCGAAUCUAAAAUUCGUUCGAAUUUGUGUUCAAAAUGGGUGUGUUUGGUAAUUUUAAAUAAAUAAGUUUUUAUUUUUUUUUAUAUAUAAGCAGAGGAGCCAAACAAACUGAAUAUAAUUUUUAAAGUUUAAGCGACUUCAUAAUAAUGGAAAACAUCAGAAAUCUUCCAAGAAAAUCGCUGGUUCACAAUAAAUGAAUCAUCACAUGAAUAUUUUUAGAGGUAGAGAUGGAUAACGGAAGGGAGUUGUGUUGACAGCAAAGACUCUUGAAGAGCUAGCAAGUGGUGAACAAUAAAGAAGAGAAGAGAAUUUCUGGGUUUAAAGGGUUCGAUAAAAUUUACGAAGACGAAUUAAACGGGACCUCCUCCCCCUCCCCUUGUACAAUAAAUCGAGCACUGCGUGUACGAAGCCGACGACCACGGCAAUAAUAAUUGCUAUAAAAUAUUAUACACGGUUAUGGUUCUUUCUUAAUUAUUUACACCGUGUUAACCUUAUUAAACGACGGUCAGUGUAUAGUGCGAUUGCUUGAACACUUCGUGAAAUCGACAACGACAACACUAUUAAUAACUGCGUGUUCAAUGGCUUUAAAUCGAUGUGUGCCAUUAAAAUUCAAUCAACACUAGACAUUCUCGGUUUAACGUCAAAGCAGAUUAAUACUUACGCGAUACGUUUUCCAUUUAUUUUUUUUUUCACGUGACGGACACGCGUCACCAAACCUAUACAUCAUUUAUAAAACGUAUUGAUUCAGUGACUUGGCAAAAAAAAAAUAACUAAGUGAUACGAAAGAAGUUAUGUAUUAAUUUGCGACAGGUGGGCUGUAGAUUUAUUUUUGAAAACUAAAAAUUAAAAUUAUAAACGGAAAAUUCUUCAGAUCUUUUUGUAAGAGAAAAAGUUGCAACCUUUUUUCAACAAAAACAAUGAACAUUUUAGAUUGUGCAGACAAGAAAAUCAAAUCAAAUCGAAAUUGAAUUCAAAUAUGAGCAUAAUGAUAUACAUUUUCGACUGGCAGUAUUUAAUUACCUUUGUUUGAAAAGAAUUACAUCAAAAAUAAACAAAACACUGUGAAAUCAAUAUUUAAAGACCAAAAUAUUACUCCGUCUAUUUAUGUAAUUUCCCGUAUAUUUUUGUAUUAUUUUAGAUUUCGAUUGAAGCGAGGGAUCUAAUUAGUUUUACUGUGAUGUGUGUAUUUUUUUUUUUUAUCAGUAAACAGCUCUUCUAUGAUUUUCUGAGAUUUCUAUGAAAUCUUGCUCCGAAUUACUAAUUACGUAAAAAAACUCGCAAAAUUAGAACGUCUAAAAAUACUCGUAGCCUAAAAAUGACUUAAAUGAUGUUAAAAUUUUAUCACAUCUGAAAAACGUCAGUAUAAGUUUUCUGUCAAGAUGAUUUGCCGAAGUACUGCAAUAGUGAUGGCAUACCCAUGAUUGUGCAACUAUUUCCUAUUCGGGCUUAAUUUUUAUUUUUUUCGUUAUUCGACAUUUUACAGUUAUUUUACCCUUUCGGAACACAACUAUCAUCGUUUAUACCGCAUGUUCGUAAUAAUAUUAUGUUCCCGCUCACUCCAUAAUGACCGUGUCGCUACAAUGUGCGGUUUUUGUCGAAUAUUCGCUUGAGCACACAAUACACGUUUUUUAACCAGUUUUUUUUUUUAUUUUAUCCUCCGAUAUUUAUAUUUUUCUUCACGUAAUAAUAAUGUCCAUGUCGCCCACACCAGGAUUCGGUUCUUUAACGAAUACAAUUCUAUACGCCCGUGCGAGGUGAAACAUAUGGUGUGCCCAAACCCGCCGGGAUGCUGUGUGGUACUUCGCCGUUGCGCGUCUUUCCGGUCGAUUUGCAUAUUAUAUGUUUAUUAUUAUCCUUUUUUUUUAUUAUUAUUAUUAUUAUUAUUAUUAAACCACAAUAAGUGCACGUUUUCGUUUGUUGUACGAGACGUACGGCUCAGUUUCUAUUGCAGUAUAUUAUAUAUAUGCUUCGGUUUUAAAAUGUUGUUUAUUAUUUAAUCCAAUCAUAAAUUUAUUAUGUAUAGACAAAAUCGCUGUAGAUGAAAAUAAUAACAGCAUAUUAUAAUAAUGAUUGUUAUCAUAAUUUAAUAGUUGUCUCGCACGGCUUUAUAGCCGUAUCAGUAUCAGUAUUGAAUCGACGAAUCUUUAAAAACGUGUAUGUUAUUACAUAUAUUAAUAUCACCGUUUAGACAUUUUAGUCCCAUUUUUUUUUUUUUAAUGGAGUUUCGUUCUAGUUACUAUAGAACAAUCCAACAAUAAACGAAGCAACACCCGCAGUUUCUAUGGUACGUAACUACUGUUCGUUGUGAGCAUCCUCGCGACAAUCUAUUACAGCUCUCCCAUGGAUUCGCAUUUAAAAUAUUAAUACAAUUAUACGUACAUUUAAAUAUUAAAACAAAAUCAACUGGUCUUUGUCGAUGAAAAUUUGAAUUUUGAAUUUUAGAUUCUGAAUGUAUAAUAUCUAUAUAGUGGAUAAAAUUACAUAACAAAAUUAUUGAAUCAACCUUUUCAUUUUCGAUAAACUUGUGAUUUUUAAUAAAUUUUUUAAGUUCAGGAAAAGAAGUGUACAGUCAAUUAAUCGUAAUAAUAAAAAUCAAUUAGACUUUUACACAAUUAUAUUUUUUAUGUUAUUUUGAGAUACUAUAUUAUGUGUAGUGGUCUUGCCACUCGGUUUGGUUUUUUUUUCUUUUAUAUAAUGAUGUACGUUACACUGCCUCCCCCCUUUCGGAUUUUGGGUUUUUAAAUAUCACAAUGAAUUUGUUUGAUAUUUUUCAGAAUUUUUUUGGCCAUCCUACGACCGCUAUAAUUAAAAAACUGGGGAGGCGGUAGACACGUUUUUCCAGCCUCCGGUUUUAAAAAUCAACAAAUUUUGUGUUUUUUCGUUGUCAUAUUAUAAAUAAAUUGGGUGUCAUAUUAUAGAAAAGGGAUGAAGGCCAGUGUAACGUACGUUAUAUAAUAUACAGAGUCAUAUAGAUAAUAUAAAAUACUAAUUAUCUCUGAAAGUAUUAACUGUUUUAGAAAUGUGUUUGUUUUUUUUUUUUUUUUUUAAAACAAUUUAAGAAACAAGUGUUACUAAAAUAUUUCAUUGCCAGUUUUUUGCCUUUAUUUUCGAGGGUGAAACUAUUACCCACUUUUAAUAUUCAAAUAGUAGCCUGUAUUGAAAAUUCUAUAAAUAUAGAUGAAAUUUAAGUUUAUGUUUUUUAUUUUAACGCCUCACGCCACGAACUAGCGAUUUCAACACCAAAAUUAAUUUAAACUUAACUCCAUCUAUUUAUGACAUUUUCAAUAUAGGUUGUUAUUUAAAAUUCAAAAGAGGGUAGUGAUUUCACCCUCAAAAACAAGGGUGACAAAAAUAACGUCAACGUAACAUUUUAGAACUGCUAUUGUUUCUUAAACUGUUUAAUGAAAUCACGAAUUCCGAACAAAUCUAAUACUUUCCGAAAUAAUGAGUGUCUUGCGUUUUGUUGAUUACCCUGUAUACUGCCGGUGACAAUUUCAAGGUAAAUUACGAAUACCUAAUUAAUACCAUAUAGGUAGGUAUUAUUGGUAAAUCUAUAUUAUAUUAUACUAAAGCAACAGACGUAGACGUCCGCGUGGGUCUUUAUGCUAUUGCAGUAUAAUUAAAAUGCAAUACGUAAACGCAUUUUGUAAUUUUAAAACGAGGGGUGGGGUUAUAAGACAGCUAUAACAACAACAAAAUUGGCAUUCGGUCAGCAAACAAUUUUUUUUUUUAAUCCCUCCCCCUCCCAACGUAUUCUCGUUAUAAUAUUGUAAUAAUAAUAUAUUAUAAUCGCAGGUGUUGUAUACACAGCGUCGGUGUCGAAUCGAACGCUUAGGUACGUUUUUUAUUUCCCCCUCGUCCUCGCAGCCACAAAAUUAACUGUAGAAUAUACCUAUCUAUAUAAACUCGGAAAUUCCUCUCGGACGAUGUACCUGUACACUAUGUAAGUAAUUGAUUUUUUUUCUCUCGAGAUAUUGCUGGAUUUUAUUUUUAUCGAUCGAAAUUCGUAAUAUAGUAGGUACUACGACUACACCCGACGAGUAUUACGAUUAUCAUAAUAGUGUCUCCGAGGCCGAUUAUUAUUGGUUUUUGCAGCGAACGUCAUAAAACAAUUGUAUAUAACAUGCACACAUGUAUACACACAUGCACACGAUACGUUAUUUUAUAAUAUAAUAAGCUAGUACGAGCGCAUCACCCGAUACAAAUCGAGAACCUGUUGCACAGGGGUCGUCGCCGGAUAAUCACGAAGGUUAUUGUUACGAGUGGGAUGGCGACGGUAAAAAAAAAAAAAAAUAAAAAAAAAAAUACGUUUCUUUAUAUUUUAAAACAUAUAUAGAUAUAUAAAUACGUAUAUUACUUAUCUGGCACCGUCGUCGUAGAGUAUGUUGGUCUCGGACAAUUGGAGAUGUAUUGUAUAAUAUAAAGCACACACUCACACACGAGAAUAAUAAUAAUAAUAAUCGGUUUUUGUAAAAAAAAAAAAAAAACAAUAGCUCGCAAUAUCUCCUCUCGUAUUUUUAGGUCUUCAGUAUACGGCAUCUCAUUUCGUUCUAUUGUGUAAAUUUACAAAAUUAUAAAUAUUUUUUUUUUUUUCUGAAUCUUCAACACACUUAUAAUACCUAUAAUAAUAGUAAUGAUAUCAUAAUAAUAAUACGUGACCGCGGAGACCGAAACGCAUUAAAUUCAGUACCUAUAUGGCUGUAUACCUAAAUCCUUAUCUACUAUAGGUAGGUUUAUAUAAAUUUUAUGUUAAUCAACCUACCUUAUAAAUGAUAAUGGAUGUAUGUGGUCGCUUUAUGAAGCCAAAAGUAAAUCAUUAUACAGGGUGAUCAACGUAUGGAAAUACCACUAGUAUCCCCUAGUUGUGCCUAUGGUCCUAUGUAUGUCGUAUUUCGGCCGCCACAGUAUAAUAUUGGUACUAAAAAGGCUAAUUGAAGUUAAUUGAAAUAACUGUAUUAUGUGAUGACGGGUAUGAAAACAAUUUUUUUUAUGAUUCAUUUAAAAUAUUUGUCAUAUUAUCACAUAAUUCGUGGUUUAAGCAAUAUUUCAUGAGUUAAUCACAAUAACAUCUGCAUUCUCGCUAUAAUAUGGCCACCAAUAUUCGGUUUCAUUCAUAGAGUCGGCUAAAUAACAGUUAUAUAAACUAUUCAUAAAAGCCAAAUACCACUCACUCUCUGAUCGCUAUAUCUUAAAAACUGCACAACCUAACCGAACUUGAAAUUUUGAAUAGCGGUUCCUUUAAUACUCAAAAUAUGCGAUAAGAAAGUAUUUUAAAAAAAUUUGCGUUUAAGUGAUUAACUAAUAAUAACAAUUGAUCGCCAAUACGUAUUAUCAAUCGAGUUAUUAAUUUUAAAAAAAUAAUCGCCAAAUACGCACAUAAAAGUAUAUAGAUGUAUAAUUUAUGAAUUUGUAUGGAUUGCCAUAGUAACACGCUGGGUCGGCGUUAGGAUAGGACAAGUAGGGCUGUGGCCAAGUGUAGGGUAUUAUUACAAUUAUUAGGUGAAAGGAGUGGUACGUUGGAAAAAAAGAGUCUCUCAAAAAUCCAGGGCCUCGGAAAUCGUAACGCCGACCCUGGUAACACGGAUGAAAUUUAUUGUUAUGAAUUAUCAUUGUUACACGGAUAAAAUGAAAACAAAUUUAAAGGUUGGUAACACGGAAGAUUGGAAGAAAAAACUCGAAUGAAAUAUAAAAUAAUAUUAAAAAUAUUGUACGUUACAAAACGUGUGUCCACGGGCGAAGCCGGGUAACACAGCUAGUUUAUAUAUAUAUAUGAAAAAUACUUAUAAUAUGGUUUUAUUUAUUAUCUACCGCAGUUGAAAAUGAUUUCAAAGUUGGAAGAGGGAGCUGGGCGCGUAUUCAAUUAAUUGUUUUAGUUUGGCCUCUUUUUUCGUUUUUGUUUUUCAGUCGGUUUUCCAGGAUGUUUUUUCCGUGUUCCUGGUUACUGCACUACCUUGCUAUAGGUAAAACACGCAAAAUAUCACGGCAAAAAAAAAAAAUUUUAAAAACGGCCGGAAUACGACGUCGUAUAUGAUUAUUAUACUGUAUGUUAGCGAGUUUUGGGGAAUUAUUUCGCCGACACGCCUAUUUAUGCGGCAACGUAAAAUAUAUUUGGAUUAGUAAUACAAAAAUCAAAAUGAUUACACGAAAUUGUUUCCAAUGUAAUUUACGGUAUAAUAUUAAAGAAUAAUCGACGCAAUUAAAAUUAUUACAAGUCAAAAACUACCUACAACAUUUUUUUUUGCCGGGUACCUACUUAGUAUAGUUAUAGUAAUAGUAACUAGUAGUUUUCAAAAUACAAUUCUAUGUUUAUUAAUCGAAACGGAAUUCGUAUCAAAAUAUUACACGAUACACGUCAUUAUGCGUUUAUUCUUACUAUUUUACAACGUUCAACUACACCCUCCGACAAUAUAUAAGUGCGCAAAAGUGUCAGCCGACCGUAAAAUAAUGACCAUUUUUUUUUUUUCUAAAGAGAACGUGGCCAUCAUGUUUGUACACGUACUUAGGUUAAAUAUAUUUACAUUUUUAAAUAAUGUAUUAAAAAUAUUAACGUGCUAAAAACAUUUAAAUUGUCUGGUAUACAUGUUCUUAUUAUUAUUAUGAAACGAAUUUCCGUGUAGGUGUAUUAUGUAAACGAUUUUUAUUUGAAAUAUAAUACGAAAACCUAUUUAAUGUGAGAAAUAUUUUUGGAGGGGAGGGACUCUUAUAAGCUUAACGGCAUGACUGUAGCAGUCUAUUUAGUGACUCAUAAAAAAUUAUUUUUAAUUUCUUGGAAAUUUAUUUGGACAACUUUUAAAAGUUUUUUUGUACUUUUUUCUCCUCUAGAUAAAUUUUAAACAUCUACUAUUAAAUUUACGCUUAGACUAAAAAUUAGGAGCUUAAGUAAAGCUUCUUAGACAAACUUUAUAAUUUAAUUUAUUUGAACAUUUACAGAAGCAAAUUGUAUUUAGAAAACGAAACGAAAUAUAGCCCCUAGUUAUAGUAAAAUAAUUCAGUUUUAUUAAUUUGAUUAAAAUGUAUACUUUUUUUUUAUAGAUUUUCCACGUUGAGGUCAGUUCACUUGCAGUCCGACCACAUAAUUCCUCCGUGUGUUUACUUACACACGAUGAGCGUGCAAAAUCUUCGGAAUAAAUUCAGCCAAAACAACGGUACGGUGCCGUAUAACCCUCAUCCAGGACUUAGUUACGGAAAACCGGUGGCGUCAUCGACGCUGAGUAACAACAACAACAAUAAUCACGUAAUCACAACCAACAAGUAUCAACAAAAUAACAUGGACGGUUUAUCGAGGUUCAAGACAAUCCGUGAAGAACCGGAUACCGCGGUGAUGGACGUUGAAAAACCCAUAGUCACUAAGAACAACAGCUUUCUGCAAAGUUAUUUAACCAACGAGAUCGCCAAGAACUCUGUCAGUCCAACAGUUAACGGCGGAAAAUCCCUGAACCCAGUAAGAGUAUCAAAGUUUUCACCGAGAUCGUCGGCGGUAGUCGUCUCAGACGUUGCGUCCAAAUUCGGCACGCCUGUCAAGUCCCUUCCACUCUCGAUGCCGUCUCAUUUGGUGACGGAAAUUACAUCUUCUAAGUACAGUGGUAGCAAAUCCGACACUUGCAGCCCAAAAUUAACUUCCGUCAAAUCUGUGACUCCGUCUAAGUUUUCUACUCCUACCACUACCACCGUCAAGUCAUUGCCGGUUUUGAACUCCAGUGGUUCGACGACAAACGUGGAUAACCGUUGGAAAACCAAAUACGAUGACACGGAGACCAAGCGAAAAACUCUUUUAACUCAGUCUCAAAAACGUGAGUAAAAUUUAUUUUUUUAUUGUAUCAGGGAUGCCUAUAUGAUCUUUCGCCGCAAUAACCACGUGACUAAACAAACUUUUCUAUUGCUUUACUUUUACUUACGCAUUCACCACUCUAAUAGCCCUAAAAUCAUCCUACAGCAUCUUGUCCAUCCAUCAUUGUCCAGGUCGACCUCUGGCUCACUUUUGAUCUGCAGGUCUCCACCUGUUGUUUUUAUGACUCCUAUUAAACUACAUGGUUCUUUAUUCUUCUUGAAGAUCUUUUUUUCAAAAAUAUGGUUUUGUUUAUAUUAUAUUAAUUAUAGUGUUACGAGAAAAGUCGGACAUGGAACGCCAAAUGACAAAACUUCACACAGAUCUCCAAGUAACGAAAAAAGAACUGUCGGAAAGAACCUUACAACUUUCCCAAUUAAGGAAACGUGCGUAUUGCGUGUUUUUUAAAAAAAAAAUUUUAGUAAAACAUAUCUCAUUUAUAAUAAUAAUAUUGUCUAUUGUUUGUGUGCACUUUGAAUAAUAAUACAGUUUCGGAAGCAAUGUAUAAGGAAUACGAUCAAUUAAAACAACAGUACGAACUCGAGACGGGCACAUUGCAAAAGGCGAUGGAACGAGCUUCGCAGGUAUAUAUAUAUAUAUAUAAAACAAAAUGUAAUUUUAAUUAACUAUGUAGUUCUUAAUCAACAAUUAUAUUUUAAUUGAUACCGUACUGCACCCGUCUCAAUAACUUAUAGUGGUAUAAACAAAACCGUGAGCUGAAAAGGCGGAGUUCGGCGUUAAUGCAAAAAGUCAAGUCGGUGGCACCGUCUACGUUGGACGAUUUAACGGACGAUACGGACGGUACCGAUAACGACACGGAAAUGGAAGAACUCCUGAAAACCAUAAAAGGUAAAAAUAAUGAUUUGCCUUAACAAAAAAGAAACUGAAAAUAUAAUAUACGCAUAUUAUUAUGUUUACAGAACUCACUCAGGAAGUUUCAAGACUACAAGCGGAAUUAAAUAAAAUUAAACUCCAAGAGUUUGAAGCGCAAGAGCAGACAGUAGACUUGACUUCUGAGCUGGAAGAAGAACGUAGGAUGAGAUCACGUGUUGAACAAGAACUCAAAGUAAUUAUUAUGUUUAAUACACGUUGUUUUUGCAACACAUAUUUGUCGGGUCGGUAUUUUAAUUAGGAGUAUUGAGUAAAUGUAUGUAUUUUUAUAGGAACUGAAGAUGAAGCAUGAAAAUUUGGAGUCGGUGAGCCGUAAAGUAGUCGAAGAAACGACCGAGUUACACCAACGGUACAAGAAAGAGAAGGCGGAGGGCGAAAAAAUCCGUAGCGACACGAACAAAGUAAGGAGAUAUAUACCUAUUCAUUUUUGGAUAGGAUAAUAAAAUAAUCGUGGUUGGUGAUUUACGCAGGUGAAAUCCGAAAGAGACGUGCUCGCCCGCCAAAGUCAAUUGCUAAUGAUGGACGCAGCUUCAGAUGAAAAAAUCAUGAAACUACUGUUUGAGGUAGAACAAUUACAGAGGACGUUAAGCCAAGAGAGGCAAGAACAUGCUGAACAGUUGAAAGACUUACAAGUAAGCGUCAAAAUCCCGACAAAAUUCCGUUUAUUUAUAUAAUAUUCUAUUAUUACAAAAUUGUAGGAAAAAUUAGAAUCUCAAAGUGAAUCUGAACAAAUUGAACUUUAUGAAGAAAAAUUAAAAUUGACUGAAGCUGAGUUACUGUGUUCUCAACAAAGAGCUGAAAUCGCCGAAUCGCAGGGUACGUAGCCAUUAUUUAAAAAAUUGAAUUUCACUGUUGCACGAGGUAAAAACCAUAAUAAUAUGCAUGCAAAAAAUAUUAUAUAGUUUAAAUAAUAAAUGUAAAUUUAUAGACAAAUAUUUAUAUUCUGAGCUAAAAUUGUAAAAUUGUAUUCUAAACAUUGUUUUCGUUUUAAAAUCGGAACCUUUUAUUCAAUUUAUUAGGUGUCAUGCAUUUGGGCGAAUUACCUGUUUUCCCGCAUAAUAGAAACAGUGUGUUUGGGUGAGUUCCUCAUAAUGUGUUUGAACAAAUUUCAAAUAACGUGUUCAAGCGAGUAUAAUGAGUACGAUGUAAAAUAUAAAAGAUAAAUUUUUAAACAACACAUUAUUAAAAAUGUCAUAGAAUACCUGCAUAUUAUAAUACUUUACAAUUGAUUUUUCUGUAUCAUCAACCAGAUAAAAUAACAAAAAUUGCGAUUUUUUUCUAAGUAAUAAUAUCAAUAUAUUAUCAUUAUUAUUAUUAUGAUUGAUCUAUGUUUAAUAAUUAUAGUUUUUCAAAUAUCGGGUUUGCUCGAACAUUGGAAACGUGAAUUAUCUGUAGAAUUUCAGUUAUUAUUAUUUAGUACUAGUUCGUAGUUAUUAAUUAUUACAAGUCGCGUGCCAAAUAUAAGUCAUAACAUUGAAAACGCCUUUAAUACUAAACGAAAUAAACGGCAAAUUUCGAUUGAAAAUGUUUAAUCAUACUCGUGGAAUUUACAAAUAGUCUCAAAAUCUGUCAAAAUGGGAGAGGAAACGGAUCGUUAUAAGUCGUCCAAACACAUAACAAUAUUUUAAAAUCACUCGCUCAAACGCAUUGUGGAAAAUUACCCAAAUACAAUGCAAUUUUUACAAACUCAUCUAAACGCAAACAGCUCCAAUUUAUUAUAUUUGAUUAAUAUAAGUGUCAAAGCCUAAUUUUUUAUCGUACCUCAAUAUGAAAGAAAAAUAUUUCAUGUAACAAUUUUCUACCGUGGUAUGCUUUAUCGGAGUUGUAUAAUACCAAUUUGAGUAUUGACUUUGUUCUCGAAAGUAUAAAAGUUAAAUUUUAUUUUUAAUUUUCGUUAUCAGUUGACGAACUCAGGAAAAAAUUGGAGGAAACUAAAACGUCCGUUAUAUCACCUCCUUGUGCCCCACCGCCACCACCUCCCCCACCACCACCAAUGAUGAUGCCACCCGCACCACCACCUCCACCAACAUCAAUGGCAUCGAUGUCAAACUUGCAGAACAUCAAAUUGAAAACUGUAAGCACGUUAAACUGCACAAAUAACGACGAAUCAAAUGCCAUCGAAGAAAUGGGCAAUUACUUGGGGCUGAGCUCCCCCAAUAAGGGCCCACAAGUUCAAAAUGGCAAGUAUAUCAAUAAUAUACACAAUUUUAAUUUAACUAUUGUACCAAAUGUUUAAUUGCAAUUUUUAAAUGUCGUUAUAAAGGUGCCAUCGAUGCGAUAAUAAAUCAAAUCAAAGGAGGUCGUUUCAGCCUAAAAGCAACGGACAAAGAGGUAAACAAAUAAUACUAUGUUGCCAGUUGAUAACCAUUUAUACACCUAACCUAAAAUAGAAAAUUGUAAUAAUAUUAUUAUCCGUUUGUAGCAAAAUAAAAACGCAUCAUUUCCAUCGAAAACAUAAAAUUUUCUCCUUUCUAGGAGGGCUUGUUUGUUUAAAUUUGUAUUUUUGUUAAUUAUAUAUCAGUAUAUUUUCAACACAAAAUUUCAUUAUUGAUUUUUACAAUUUUUAAUUUUGAUAAUAUUUUGAAUAAGUAUAAACGAUUUUUUCUUGAAUCUGAAAUUACAGUUUUGAUUUUAUAUUCAAAUUUAAGCAUAUUUUUUAUAUUAUGGAAUCGUUUAAGCUUUAUUUCAAAACCAUUUUAAAUAUUUUACUUAAAAUAAGUACAUCUCCGUUUAAAAACAGAUCGCAAUCUAAAUAAUAAUGUUUUAAUUAUCUGAAAAAUAUUAAGAUUUAUAGUAGUAAAUAACAUCUAUAUCAGUGUCGGACUUAUUUCAAAAAUAAAAUUCGAAACCCAAUAUUUUUUUCACCGUUUAGAAUAUAAGAAUUUUAUAUAACAUUUGUUAUCAUUCUAGAAACAAACACCAGUGAAGAAACAAGAGCCACCACCGGUUGUCAAUGAGAUGAUGAAUGUCCUCGGUACUUUGCGCCGUAAUCCUAAGCGAAGAGCUAGUUUUAAGACGGCACCUGCUGAUGUAGCUCUGUAACAACAAAUAUGUAUUUAUUAUAAGUGUACUUGAUAAACAUUUUCACUUGUAAAGAAAAAAUUAAUAUUUUUGUAUACAUAAAAAAAAAUUGAAUUCCAAUCGCAUGCAAGUAAUAUUAAAUACCUACGUCCCUUAAGUGUAUACAGUUGUUAGUAUACCGAAAGGAUGUGAAUUUUAUAUUUUUAUCAAAUUUCUCAACACAUAUUAUAUUUUAAAUAGUCUAAGGAAAAUUAUUUGUAAUGUAUAGUAUUAAUAUAAUAACACAAUAUUAACUUUGAAUACGAGCAAAGGAGGAUUAUUAUAUUUUAAAUUAUGUUCAAAGAUAUUAUUUUCUUUUUAACAUAUAAAAUUGUACCAUUGUAAAACAG